CCUGAAGGAGUUUCUACCCAAAGAGUACAUCAAGCAGAGAGGGUCGGAGAAGAAAAUAUUUGUGGUAUGUUCAGUAUUAUGCAAUAUGUUGUAGACAUAUGGAUUCAUAUGUUAUCAAAGGAAAAUUAAAAGCUGUGAAUUAAAAGCAAUGCAUUUCCCAAAUUUGAUAUUGUUUAAACUCUAGGUUUCUAUUGCUGUAUCUAUUUCCCUCUGACCCUCAGGAUCACAAAACCUGUGGAGAAAUGACAGAGAUUGAGUCCAAAGUAAAGUAUGUGAAACUAGCGAGGUCCCUUCCGACAUAUGGGGUCUCCUUCUUCCUGGUGAAGGUAAGAUAUAAGUAGAGAGGCUUGUGUUCUCCAACAGACAGUAAAAUGAAUGAUUUACUGUGUAAAUACAGCUUACUGCAAGGUUAAGAUUAGGUUUGAGAGGUGUGUGUGUGUGUGUGUGAGAGAGGUGUGUGUGUGUGGUGUGUGUGUGUGUGUGUGUGUGUGUGUGAGAGGUGUGGGUGUUUGUGUGAGAGUGUGAGAGUGUGAGAGAGAGAGAGUGUGAGAGAGAGAGAGACGCUCACACAGAAACAACAGCCAAAAACAUAGAUAUACUGUAGGUAAAGCACAUUUUGGGAAUUUAUUGCAACCUUCCAUUUGUUAUGUGUCACUCUUAAACCAGCUCAGUGCUCCAGAACAAGCCUUCCAUAACUGUAAGGAUCUUAGAUAUGAUCAAAGUUUAUUGGUUGCGUACACAGUUUAGCAGGUGUUAUAGCGGGUGCAGCUAAAUGCUUAUGUUACUAGCUCCUAACAAUGCUGUAAAAUGUCAAAAAAUUAAAAUGUUAGGGAUUUUUUCCCCCUAAAAAAUACAAGAAAUCAAGAAACGUUGAAUGAAUGAUAUAGAAGGCCUGUCUGUGAUGGUGGGACUACGGCCAAUAAAAGCUCUCUGACAUUAGUUCAACCUGUGCUGCUGUGAGUCCCGACCAGCAGGUGUUUAAAAACCUCACCAACUUGCCUUGUAUGAAAUACAAGCUUACUGAUUUAAGAUACUAUCUCUAACAUGGCAAACCACUUCAGAUUCCAAAAUCUGACUUCCUGAGUUGAAUACACUGUGAACAACUACUUGAAUAAGCUAAGACAAUGAACAAUUGAAAUAGUUCUCUAUACAUAGCUACCAUGAUAAUCAAGAUAAUGUUAUCUGCCCUUGUAUAAAAAGCAUUGAGUCUGUUCAAGCUGCUCUAAAGCUGUUACCUUGUUCUGUUGUUGGAGCUCUACUUUUUGACCCUGAAAUAAAAACAAUAGCCUGGAGAAGUGAAAAGGUAUUUUUCAACUCCCCUGUCCUCCUAACCAUUAAUUUUGUGUAGUGUUCAGCUUUGCUGGAGUGGAGCCAAGAGUAGGCUCAUGUUCUGAAGUGAGGCGUAAUGGAUUGUGUGUGGGCAGAGAGGAGGAGGGCACUAGAGCCAGUCAGAGUCAGUGUGCUGCUGCUGGUGGAAGCUCCAUCCUGCCACACUGACAGCCAGGUUGAGGCUCCCCUAGCAACAGAGGCCUAGCCUGGGGAAGGAGGGACUGGGGAUGGCCUGUUCAGCAGAACAGCAGGGAGGCCCGGUUAAACAAGCCUGAACUCUGCAGGGUCAAACCCCAUCCGCCCUCCUCCUCCUCCACUGGGGCUCCUGACUCAGGACAGACAAACAGAACAGCGCAUGUGUGCUAUCUAUGGCAGGCAGCUUUGCUCUGCUGCUGUUUUCAUUUCUCUGAGUAAAGAGAUGCCCCCAGUUAUUCAUCUGUGUAGGCGUUGAACACCUAUGAAAAUAUUGUCUCAUGUCUUGUCUGUUAGGAAAAGUUGAAAAGCAAGAAUAAGCUUGUCCCACGGUUACUGGGGAUAACCAAAGAGUCGGUGAUGCGGGUGGAAGAGAAGACUAAAGACGUGGUUCAGGAAUGGCCCCUAACCACAGUGAAGAGAUGGGCUGCUUCUCCCAAGAGCUUCACCCUGGUAUGACCUGGUCUCAGUCCACUCCAAUCCCACAUUCACAGGAACACAUUCUACACUCUUAAGGCUCACACACAUCACACCGAAUGUAUAUCUAGCAUUCGUCUGGCGAUCGUUCGGCGCGCUGUGUUUUAGGGACCACCCGCUGUAGACGUCUGACUGCCGCCAUUUUUCACCGUGAUUCUACAUGGAAUAUUGGUGCGCAAUUUACGUUCAGAGGUGCUAAGAACCCUCGGCCAGCAAACACUAGUGGUGUAUCUGAGCCUUUAACCUCUCUUCUGUCCGUUACAUCUCAUUAUAACAACAGAAAUACACUAUAUAUACAAAAGUAUGUGGACACCCCUUCAAAAUAUUUCGGCCCGUUGCAGACAGGUGUAGUGUAACUGCAAAAUAGUAUGUGUUGUUGAUACUACCCCCAAUCCACAGUGUUAUUGUGUUUUCUUUUCAAUAAACAGUUAUGUUAGUGUAUAUAUUAGACUGUGUAUACAAGGGAUUUUACUGAAAGAAUGUGAAGCACUUGGACGUUUUAUUUAUUUGAGUGCUUUUUCAAUGUAGUAUUUUGGUUGUUGUCAGCAGUGCUGUUUUUUUUGUUUGUUUGUUUUAUCUCGGUUUAUUAAGCCAGAUUGCAUUCAACUGAAAUGAAUAACCCAUUUUAAGAUUAAUAGGGAGUACAAUUUUUAAACAUACUCGGAGGUACAUUUGCCAACAUUGAUUUGAAUGGAAUAUUACAUUCCUGUCUCGCUUAGGAAGCCUUUGAAAUGUGUGGAGUUAUAUAUUGAAAACGAGUAUGUCUCAUAUUUUAUCAGCUCUUUGAAGAGUUCAGAAUCGUAAUGGAAUGGAGUCAAAGUUUGUCUGUUCAUUAGGAGAAGGAAUGGUGAAGGUGUUGCCGACAUACCAUUAGUCCAUUCAAAGCUUCUUUCUAAGCACUACCACAUCUUCCUGUGCUUGUGUAGAUGGAAAGGAACUUUGUGAAAUUAGAGCGCAGCAUGGCAAAUAGCUGUGACACGUGAAAGUAGAAGGCCCUGGUUCAACCUUGAUCUCUGAGAAAGCUGCUGUACUCCACAUACGACAACACAUACACUUCUCCAUUUCCUAGAGGUAUCACCAGAAUACUAUGAGCCUAUGUACUGACAGAUAGGGAUUAGUUAUGUGAUGAAGUUAUUGCUAUGAGAGUAGUCCAUUGUAGUGGGUCUGGACUGUAACUUCAGUAUCUCUCCUGACAAUCUGGUUGUACCCUGCAGGAUUUUGGGGAGUACCAGGAGAGUUACUACUCUGUUCAGACCACAGAGGGGGAACAGAUCUCUCAGCUGAUUGCAGGAUACAUCGACAUCAUUCUCAAAAAGGCAAGUCAAAAUAAACCAGAAAUGAGCAAACCAGAAACACUUCCCACAAGUAUUUUCUUUUGACACCUUUUGUUAUUCCCUUCCACAGAAGCAGAGUAAGGAUCGUUUUGGUUUGGAGGGAGAUGAAGAGUCCACCAUGCUGGAAGAAUCUGUCUCUCCAAAGAAGUAAGGAUCCCUCAUACUGCACAUACAUAGGGUGCUGGCCUAUUUACAUUGAUAAUGCUGACCAGCCAUAUUCAGAGACUACAGACAAGUUAUUCCUCAUGUGAAUGUAAACCUUGAUUUUAUUGUGCAUAUAAUCACAUUUCUGCCUGCCCGGCAUUACACCCCUGAGAAAAAUAACACGAAAUGAGUUAGACUCUGCAUCCUGAAUUUCCAAUAACAUACAGUAUCUGUGAGUUCAUUUGUUCUCUGAAAUAUGAUCACAGAAUACCAUCUGUCCCUCUCUCCUGAAGGAAUAUUAGCUUUUAUUUGUAUUUUCUCUAACCUCCAUAAGAAAAAUACCCCAGGGCAAGACAGCUAUAUUAUUAUUUUGCAAACAAAGAUCAUUUGUAUCUACUUCCCCAGAAUCAGAUGAACUCGUGGAGACCAUUUUUAUGUUUUAUGCGAGGGGGGGUGCAUUGGGAUUAUUUAAAAUACUCUUUGAAGAGGUAGGGUUUCAGAUGUUUUCGAAAGAUGGGCAGGGACUCUGCUGUCCUAGCUUCAGAGGGAAGCUGGUUCCACCAUUGGGCUGACAGGACAGAGAAGAGCUUGGACUGGGCUGAGUGGGAGCGGGAGGGCCAAGAGACCAGAGGUGGCAGAACGGAGUGCUCGGGUUGGGGUAUGAACGUAGUUUUGCAAGAUUUUGCUAACUAGUGACUGGAAGUCUAUGGGCAUCUGCUAGUCAGUCAUUACGCUAACACUAGUUUGCAAUUGCGAUAGUGCUAGUUAUCAACUUCUUUCAAACUGCAAGCAGAGACAUGAAAAUGGUAUCCACAAGUUAUCUGACUCUGGGGAAGUAGAUAAAGGGCCUCAUUGGCAAAAUCCUGAAGUAUCCCUUUAACAUGUAAUUUCUUCUCAUCUCAGAUGAUCACAGCUGCCUAGUUUUUAUCUUUGCUUGGCCUUGCAGCUCGACUCCUACAGGAUAUCUAAUACAGAUAGACUGUUGUCCUGUCACCCCGAGCCCAGACACCGGUUGUUAUUGGAAACCUGUUUGUCUCAUAGCGGAUCCUGCUGGGAUAGACACUGGGCAUCAUAUCACUCCCUACUGUUUAGGUGCCAAUUGACUCAUGUUUUGUUUCUCAGCACAGAACAUAAUUGCUGCCUCUCAAAAUAAGCAGUAAUUAACCAAUAGUGAAUGUGACAAACUGUUUACAGGGGCAGUGGAACAGCUCUUUUCAUAUCAGUACUAACUCACUGUUAUGGCUCUGUUACUGCUGUCCUAUUGUAAUGGAGAAAAUAAUGAGUAUUAUGUUUCCUUAUCAGAAGAUGUCCUAUAAAGGUCCUAACAUCUCUCUCUCUCUCUCUCUCUCUCCUCUCUCUCUCUCUCUCUCUCUCCUCUCUCUCUCUCUCUCUCCUCUCUCUCUCUCUCUCUCUCUCUCUCUCUCUCUCUCUCUCUCUCUCUCUCUCUCUCUCCCCCUUCCCCCCUCUUCAGGUCGACCAUCCUGCAGCAGCAGUUUAACAGGGUGGGUCGUGUGGAGCAUGGCUCGGUGGCACUGCCAGGUAUCAUCCGCUCCGGGUCCAUCGGUGGCCCUGACAACACCUUCAACAUGGGCACCAUGCCCUCUGCCCAGCAGCAGAUUACCACAGGGCAGAUGCACAGAGGACACAUGCCCCCGCUGGUGAGCAUGCCCGCUGGCACCCAUGCCAAUGUCACACAGUAGGAGCAGUGAUGUGCAGAAAACCUUGCUUACACAAUCACUAACUACGAUCUUUGUCUGUUUGUACAAAAAUCUUUAAAAUGUGUGUGUGUUGUCAGAGCUUGGCCCAGCAGGCCCUGAUGGGGACCAUUAACACCAGUAUGCAGGCAGUGCAGCAGGCCCAGGCUGAUCUGGGGGAGGUAGAUAACCUGCCUCCUCUUGGACAGGACAUGGUGAGUUCCCUCCUCCAUUCACUGGACUAAUCCCCCUUCACACACCACAGCCACAAAAUUACACCAUUCAAAACUGCUCAACUUCUCCAACACUUUGAACCUUUUAGUCCACGCAGCCUAGUCAGUGAAGAUUAAUUCUAUUUCUUUGUGUGUUUUUGGAAAAUAUAUUUUUGUAUCCCAUUACAUGUAUUAUUUUAAAGGUGCAAGUUUGGCGUUUUCCCUCGGUAGAUGUGCUUAGCUAAGCAUAUAGAAGGGCUGACUUUAUGUUAGUCUUUUUGAACUCCCAUGUUUCACGUGUAAUUAGGUGGUGGAAAUUGACUGUAAAUAUGAAAUAUGCACUUUAAAGCUGGAAACUGGUGCUUCAAUAGCUGUAGGAGUUGUGAAGAAGCCCUAGUCCUGAUAACAAAAUAUAUAUGAGCUAAAACUCUCCCACUGUGAUGAAAGCCAAAACCCAUCCUUCUCUCUCUCCUGAAAGGCAUCCAGAGUUUGGGUUCAGAACAAAGUGGAUGAGUCCAAACAUGAAAUCCACUCUCAAGUAGAUGCCAUAACUGCUGGAACAGCAUCUGUGGUCAAUCUUACUGCAGGUGAGUGCCCAAGAGUUUCCUUACAGAUGUUUGGAAUCAUGUAGAGUUUUCUGUUAUAUUUUCACUAGAAUCCUUGUUUAUAAAAGGCCUCUAGACUUAGCUCGAAAAUGACCUAUUAAAAAUAACAGGCGCUUAUCUUCAAGGGCAAAACCCACAGGGAUAGAAUCAAUACACACAUUUUCCAAGCCGAUGUGGAACACCCAGAGAGGAGGGGUCUGAAUUCCGUUUACAUAAUGGAACAUUUCCCAUUUGCCCUAAUAAAUAUUUCCAUUGAUGAAUAAAUAGUGAGCGUGUUGUCCUGAAGCUUAACUAGCUGGCAGCCUCUCACUGCCUCCUGGCUGGAGCUGUGCCAUGCUGCUCCACACUGCUCCCUGCCAGCCUUUCAAUAGGUUUUAAUCUUUCCCAGCCAUCUGUUGAAUGGCACUGAGGCUCCCUGUUAUCAUCCAAUAGAAACUUUUACCUCUCCAUAAAUAACUAUCACUUCUCUCUCUCUGUGCUUAUCUCCACAAUACCAUAUCCAAUGUGUUUUCAUUGUGAUGAUGGUGACACUGAUGUGUGUAUUAUUAUGGCAUCACUCAGGUUGCUGCUUGCGGUUUGGGCUGAGAGAGUGGAAGAGUAGAAGGUAUAAGAAAGGGUUAACGAGGACUGUCUCUCUUCCCUAGGUGACCCUACAGACACAGACUACACGGCGGUUGGCUGUGCCAUCACCACCAUCUCCUCCAACCUGACAGAGAUGUCUAGGGGGGUGAAGCUUCUGGCAGCGCUGGUGGAGGACCAGGUGGGCAGCGGGCAGAACCUGAUGGGAGCUGCCAGGACCCUGACAGGGGCCGUCUCUGACCUGCUCAGGUCUGUGGAGCCUGCAGCUGGAGAGGUACAGACACAACACAGCACUGUUCUACCCAUUACAUCUGCUCUAUUCUCCUUAUUACAAUGAUUACACAGAGAUUGAUACGGACUGUACUGCAUGUGGACUCCCUUUUAACAAAGACACUAGUGUGUUUCUUUAGUAUGUUUUCAAAACAAUAAUGAUGUGUCCUGUAGAAAUAAUCACUGGGAGCUGGUGAUGUGAACUGUAUCUGAGAGCAGCGGAGUGCUGUGAUUGUGCUGUGGUGUUGCAGUGGGGUCAGUGUUGUGAAUGUGGUGAUGUCACCCCCUCCCAUGCAGCCCAGACAGACGGUGCUGACUGCAGCAGGAAGCAUAGGCCAGGCCAGUGGGGACCUGCUGCAUCAUAUGGGGGAGGGCGAGACCGACGAGAGGUUCCAGGUUGGACUGCACUUUACUCACUAUUUCUAUAGUACUGCUGCCAAACAGGGAAACACACAUGUUCCCCCAGUCCCUGUUUAAAGCUUCACACACACUUAUGUAAUGGUAUCAGGCUUUGUUUUCUUUAGCUAUUGCAAUUGAAUGGAGAGCAAAAAGUCUGCUCAGCUCUGCUGUGAGUCAGUGAGUGACGUUGAUGAAUGUGUUACAGGACAUUCUGAUGAGCCUGGCCAAAGCGGUGGCCAACGCAGCUGCCAUGAUGGUCCUCAAGGCCAAGAAUGUGGCCCAGGUGGCAGAGGACACUGUGCUGCAGAACCGAGUGAUUGCAGCUGCUACUCAGUGUGCCCUUUCCACCUCACAGCUGGUGGCCUGCACCAAGGUACUGUCCUGACUGACUGCCACACCCCGGUUCCCUGUCUCCUGUUGCCAUGGAGGACAGCUCAGGGCAAGGACUGUGAUAAGAGAAGAGCUGUCUUACUGAAAUGAAAUGGCUGUGUGUUUGUCCUAUCUCUUGAUUUCUAGUACAGGAUAGCGUAUGCUAAAUUAGUUAUGUCAACAAUAACAUUAUAAUUCUUGUACACGCCAAAAUGAGUCCCCUAGCAUCUCUGAAUGUGUCGUUUAAUUUUGAGUGGCCAGUCGAGACUGAUCGUGGACUGUGUUCGUCCAGGUGGUGAGCCCCACCAUCAGUUCUCCGGUGUGCCAGGAGCAGCUGGUUGAGGCAGGGAAGCUGGUGGACCGCUCGGUGGAGACCUGCGUCAAGGCCUGCCUUUCUGCCACAGACCACGGGGAGCUCCUGAAGCAGGUGGGUGCCGCGGCCAACACGGUGAGCCAGGCACUCAGUGACCUGCUGCAGCACGUACGCCACUACGCCAGCUGUGGUGAGCCCAUCGGACGCUACGACCAGGCCACAGACACCAUCAUGACCGUCACCGAGAGCAUCUUCACGUCCAUGGGAGACGCAGGUGAGCUCUGGGAGAGGAGGGGAGUGGAGGGGGGAGGGGAGUGGUUGAGCACUUUUUGGGAGGUGGGGAGAGAACUUUUCACUCUUGAUUAAUCUUGCAAGUAUUUUCACAUUCCUGGCCAGUUCUGGCAUCCAGCUGUUUGAGUCUCAAACCUUUAGCUAGCUAUUAUUAAAGGACGUAAGAAUUAUCAUUCAAGUAGACAGGACUGUCCAGCCUGUUUCUUGUCUUUUAUUUUCUCUAGACUUUCACUGUGGUUGUUCCCAUGUAUUUUGACUGAGUGGGACCAAAGAUGUUUUCUGGUUAUGGUUUAUAUUAACUGACCUUCAAUACCCUGCUAUUGAAACAUUUUCAAGGCCUGAAGUGUUUGUUAUGGGUUGCCCAUGAGUCUGAAGAAUUCCCAACCCCAGCCAAUCCUCAAGGGGUCGUAGAAAGCAUGUCAUCGAAAACCACUACAGAGCUUAAAAUCUGCUCUCAAUCACAUUCAGUGCGGCUUUGAAAUUUAACUGGAAACAAAUGACCUUAAAAUGUUUUAUAGGGCUUAACACUCUGACUUUUGUAAAACAUAGUCAAAUAAAAACUGCAGUAGAUCAGCCAAGUAUCAUUUAUUAUGAAAUAUGUCUUUAAAAGUCCCAUUUCACUGAUAGGGAAAAACAUGUGUCUCUAAAGGCUGUAGGCUGUAAAGGACCCUGGAUGUCAUGCCUUUGAUAGUCUUCUCUCCAGUUAUUUCUAGCUGGAGGUGGGUGUUUAGCAAUAACAGUUUUUAUAGGCUGACUGGGGGAAAUACAGUAGCUUCUAUACAGCACUAUAGAGGUUUUAUAGUGCUUUUAUUAUUCUAUUUCCUCACAGAAAUACAUAUAAAGACAGAUUAAUUUUUUAUAACCAGUGGGGAAGGCAAAAUUAAACUGCUGUGAUACUAUCAGUAUGAUACCAGAAGGUGAAAAGGAAAUCAUGUAGUGUACUAUUGUGUGUGAGGUCCAAUGAGGGAUCAGUAAUCAGUGAGUUUAUUCUAGGCCAUGUUUCUGUGUAGAUAGCACAUUUGGGAGGUAUUGACCCUGGCUCUGUCUCUCUCCUCUCUCUCUCUCUGACCCUGUGUAGGGGAGAUGGUGCGUCAGGCCAGGGUGCUGGCUCAGGCCACCUCUGACCUGGUCAAUGCCAUGAGGUCAGAUGCUGAGGCAGAGGUGGACGUGGACAACUCUAAGAAGCUGCUGGCUGCAGCCAAACUCCUGGCUGAUGCCACGGCCAGGAUGGUAGAGGCUGCUAAGGUACGGGUACGGGGACAACCACUAUGCUAGCCUACUUAGAGUUCUAGGAUAGAUUGUUGUAUGCCACUAGUGUGUAAACUGUACAGUAUGCCAUGUUAGUGUAUUAUCAUUAGUGUCAUGUCUGCAACUUAAACUAGAAUUGUACUGCUGUCAUUUGUUGGAAAGGAGAUGUAUAGUAUUCCUAAUGUAGUCUGGGCUGUAGCUUCUCUUUAGAGCUGAAAUAAUGAAAGGGCAGGACCAAUGGUUCUUAAUAAGCCCUUGGUGCUGUAGACAAGUAUAAAUGAGCAGGAUAUUAUCAAUGUAAAAACACAAGGCAAGUGAAACGAUGCUUAUGGCUUGUAAGAUGCCUUUGAUCUGUGACAGAUUCAUCACAACAUUGCUGCUAUUACAAAGAGGAAAUGGGAAUCUUGCACUGGCGGUUUCCUUGGAAACUGUCAGAAAGCAGAGUGUCUAAUGCUGCUCUGCAUUUAAUGUACAGUCACAGUGUUGGGACAUUUUUCAGAGUGCUAGUGAGACAUUUAAUGUACAGUCACAGUGUUGGGGGAAAUGGUCAGAAUGUUAUUCAGACAUUUAAUGUACAGUCACAGUGUUGGGGAAAUGUUCAGAGUACUACUGAGACUAUGAAAGAGGGUUUGAUAUUCCCUUUGCCACUGCAGAACUAUGAUUGUAAUUAGUGGUGCUUUUGCUUGUUGUGUCUGUGUGUGCCUGCGUGCAUGUGUGUGUGCGUGAACAGGGAGCUGCAGCUUACCCAGAGAAUGAGGACCAGCAGCAGCGGCUGAGAGAGGCAGCAGAGGGGUUACGUGUUGCCACUAACGCUGCAGCUCAGAAUGCCAUCAAGAAGAAGCUGGUCAACAGGCUGGAGGUGGGUUGGAUGGAGAAUGAGAGAAUAUUGUAACCUUUGUGCUAACUUUGAGUCCCUGUCCAGCUGUAGCUUUGUAGCAAUGAACAUUUGAGACUUUACACUAGUAUGUCCUUUCUCACAAACAAACCCCAUAAGUCCAUCCAACACCAUGACGCACCAUUAAAGAGGAGAGUGUGUCAGACACCACUACCUAGAUAUGUGUGAAGAUGCAUAGAUCCCCUCCCCCCAAGCCUUAGGAAAGAGCAUAGCAAAAGAAAAAUGUUGCACAAAUUAGGUGUAUUUAGCAUAUUCUCUACAUUAUUUCUGUUCCUGCAGCAGGAGUAUGUGAAUCCCAUUAUUUGUGUGAAUGAGUUAAUCGUAGUGUAAAGAUCUGGGUUUAGCCCCUAGUAUUAGUAGGCCCCUAAUGACCAGACCCCCACUGCACUGGAGCUUCCACUGAACACACUAACCUAAGGCUGAAUUCAGUUGGUUAUCUGAUGCAUCUCUCUGUAGCCUGUAAUACUAAUGGGUUCCAGCCCAAAGAGGAUGCAGAGAUAAUAAAAACAAUUUAGAAUUUAAUGGGUUUAGAUUAACUGACAGCAUACCAUCACCUGCCCAUUCAUAUGGCUGAAAUAUCUCCUACUGAUCUCCUAAAGCUUUGUAUCUUUUGGGUUUCAACAUUGCCAUUUGUGUUGUGUCGCCCUUACCAGCAUGCUCUGCUGUUAAGAGAAUGCUAAAUAUGUAGUCUGUUUGUAGUUGAUCUGUUUGUCUGUUUCACCAGAGAGAAAUUAAUUAUCUCUCGCUCUCUCUCUCUCUCUCCCCCUCCCUCCAUCCCUCCCCCUCUCCCUCUCCUCUUGAGAGAUGUGCCAGACAGGCAACAUUGUGCAGUCUGUUUGUUUUCCACAGGACAAAGAUAGCAUUGUUGUUCAGGUUCUUUUUCAUCCUCCAUCCUUCCACCCACAAAAGAUGGAAUCUCUUUUCUCUCGCCACUUUCCAUUUUGUUGUUACUUCAAAGAAAGUAAUCUGGGUGUGGAUUAAUGGCAAUACAAAAAGUGUAUUGUACAGUGCGUAUGUAUUGCAUGUUGAGAAAAUGUUGUCCUCAUCCCAAAAUACAGUAUACAGUGGGGAAAAAAAGUAUUUAGUCAGCCACCAAUUGUGCAAGUUCUCCCACUUAAAAAGAUGAGAGAGGCCUGUAAUUUUCAUCAUAGGUACACGUCAACUAUGACAGACAAAUUGAGGAAAAAAAAUCCUGAAAAUCACAUUGUAGGAUUUUUAAUGAAUUUAUUUGCAAAUGAUGGUGGAAAAUAAGUAUUUGGUCACCUACAAACAAGCAAGAUUUCUGGCUCUCACAGACCUGUAACUUCUUCUUUAAGAGGCUCCUCUGUCCUCCACUCGUUACCUGUAUUAAUGGCACCUGUUUGAACAUGUUAUCAGUAUAAAAGACACCUGUCCACAACCUCAAACAGUCACACUCCAAACUUCACUAUGGCCAAGACCAAAGAACUGUCAAAGGACACCAGAAACAAAAUUGUAGACCUGCACCAGGCUGGGAAGACUGAAUCUGCAAUAGGUAAGCAGCUUGGUUUGAAGAAAUCAACUGUGGGAGCAAUUAUUAGGAAAUGGAAGACAUACAAGACCACUGAUAAUCUCCCUCGAUCUGGGGCUCCACGCAAGUUCUCACCCCGUGGGGUCAAAAUGAUCACAAGAACGGUGAGCAAAAAUCCCAGAACCACACGGGGGGACCUAGUGAAUGACCUGCAGAGAGCUGGGACCAAAGUAACAAAGCCUACCAUCAGUAACACACUACGCCGCCAGGGACUCAAAUCCUGCGUGUCCCCCUGAUUAAGCCAGUACAUGUCCAGGCCCGUCUGAAGUUUGCUAGAGUGCAUUUGGAUGAUCCAGAAGAGGAUUGGGAGAAUGUCAUAUGGUCAGGUGAAACCAAAAUAGAACUUUUAGGUAAAAACUCAACUCGUCGUGUUUGGAGGACAAAGAAUGCUGAGUUGCACCAUACCUACUGUGAAGCAUGGGGGUGGAAACAUCAUGCUUUGGGGCUGUUUUUCUGCAAAGGGACCAGGACGACUGAUCCGUGUAAAGGAAAGAAUGAAUGGGGCCAUGUAUCGUGAGAUUUUGAGUGAAAACCUCCUUCCAUCAGCAAGGGCAUUGAAGAUGAAACGUGGCUGGGUCUUUCAGCAUGACAAUGAUCCCAAACACACCGCCCGGGCAACGAAGGAGUGGCUUCGUAAGAAGCAUUUCAAGGUCCUGGAGUGGCCUAGCCAGUCUCCAGAUCUCAACCCCAUAGAAAAUCUUUGGAGGGAGUUGAAAGUCCGUGUUGCCCAGCGACAGCCCCAAAACAUUACUGCUCUAGAGGAGAUCUGCAUGGAGGAAUGGGCCAAAAUACCAGCAACAGUGUGUGAAAACCUUGUGAAGACUUACAGAAAACGUUUGACCUGUGUCAUUGCCAACAAAGGGUAUAUAACAAAGUAUUGAGAAACUUUUGUUAUUGACCAAAUACUUAUUUUCCACCAUAAUUUGCAAAUAAAUUCAUUAAAAAUCCUACUAUGUGAUUUUCUGGAAUUUUAUUUCUCAUUUUGUCUGUCAUAGUUGACGUGUACCUAUGAUGAAAAUUACAGGCCUCUCUCAUCUUUUUAAGUGGGAGAACUUGCACAAUUGGUGGCUGACUAAAUACUUUUUUCCCCCACUGUAUAUACACUACCAUUCAAAAGUUUGGACACACCUACUCAUUCAAGGGUUUUUCUUUAUUUUUAAUAUUUUUUACAUUGUAGCAUAAUAGUGAAGACAUCAAAACUAUGAAAUAACACAUAUGGAAUCAUGUAGUAAACAAAAAAGUGUUAAACAAAUCCAAAUAUAUUUUAUAUUUGAAAUUCUUCAAAUAGCCACCCUUUUCCUUGAUGACAACUUUGCACACUCUUGGCAUUCUCUCAACCAGCUUCACCUGGAAUGCUUUUCCAACAGUCUUGAAGGAGUUCCCACAUAUGCUGAGCACUUGUUGGCUGCUUUUCCUUCACUCUGCGGUUCGACUCAUCCCAAACCAUCUCAACUGGGUUGAGGUCAGGGGAUUAUGGAGGCCAGGUCAUCUGAUGCAGCACUCCAUCACUCUCCUUCUUGGAAAAAUAGCCCUUACACAGCCUGGAGGUGUGUUGGGUCAUUGUCCUGUUGAAAAACAAAUGAUAGUCCCACUAAGCCCAAACCAGAUGAGAUGGUGUAUCGCUGUAGAAUGCUGUGGUACCAUGCUGGUUAAGUGUGCCUUGAAUUCUAAAUAAAUUACAGACAGUGUCACCAGCAAAGCACCCCCACACCAUAACACCUCCUCCAUGCUUUGCGUUGGGAAAUACACAUGCGAAGAUCAUCCGUUCACCCACACCGCGUCUCACAAAGACACAGUGGUUGGAACCAAAAAUCUCCAAUUUGGACUCCAGACCAAAGGACAAAUUUCCAUCAGUCUAAUGUCCAUCCUUUCCUGUCUGUGGUGGUCCUCAUGAGAGAAUACCAAGAGUGUGCAAAGCUUUUGUUAUUGACCAAAUACUUAUUUUCCACCAUAAUUUGCAAAUAAAUUCAUUAAAAAUCCUACAAUGUGAUUUUCUGGAUUUCUUUUCAUCAUUUUGUCUGUCAUAGUUGACGUGUACCUAUGAUGAUAAUUACAGGCCUCUCUCAUCUUUUUAAGUGGGAGAACUUGCACAAUUGGUGGCUGACUAAAUACUUUUUUCCCCACUGUAUAUGAGACAAUUACUUGUUUACUAUUCUAAUUACGUUAGUAACCCGUUUAUAAUAGCAAUCAGGCAUCUCUGGGGUUUGUGGUUUGUGGCAAAUAUAUCACGACUAAGGGCUGUAUCCAGGCACUGUAUCCAGGGCUGUAUCCAGGUUCUUACGCGUCGUGCGUAAGAACAGCCCUUAGCCGUGGUAUAUUGGCCACCUACCACAAACCCCUGAGGUGCCUUAAUUAUACCACCCUCAUCUAUGGUUCUGAUGUAAAACACGUACCUACAACAAUCUCUGUCAAUAUCUCUCUCUGUUUCUGGAACAGAUUGCUGCUAAGCAGGCUGCGGCUGCUGCUACUCAGACCAUCGCAGCUGCCCAGAACGCUUCUGCAUCCAAUAAGAACACUGCCUCUCAUCAACAACUAGUACACAGCUGCAAGGUACAGUAAUAUGGAUAGAGAUUGAGCCACAGCGAGCAGGAUCACUGUUAGAUCACUUUGGUGAAAUACCUACAGUAUUGAACCGAUUGCUACAUUGGCAGCAUUUAUAUUGCAGGUUUCAUUACAUUGUUUUAAUCAAAUGAUAUGUGUACUUGUAGGCAGUGGCAGACCACAUCCCUCAGCUGAUCCAGGGGAUGAGGAGUAGUCAGGCUCAGCCAGAGGAACUCAGUGCCCAACUAGCCCUCAUCAUGGCCAGCCAGAGCUUCCUACAGCCUGGCAGUAAGAUGGUGACGUCUGCAAAGUCAACCGUCCCCACGGUGACAGACCAGGCUGCAGCGAUGCAACUUGGCCAAUGUGCCAAAAAUCUGGCAACCUGCCUAGCUGAGCUACGGACAGUCACCCAAAAGGUAAGUUCUGUACCCACAGGCGUAGCACACACCCCCGCACACACCCAUGCAGCCCACAAGUUUUCAGGGCCCCCAAUCCAUGAGCUCUAAAACAGCAACAUUUUCUCUCAGCCAGACAGCAAAAUGUGGAAAAUAGCAUGAUAUUUGCUAUAAAACUGAAAAAUGUUCUCUCUGCCACAUAGCGAAAAUGAGCUACGCCACUGCCUGUACCCACAGCUACUGAUGGUCAUGUUUUCAUACAGGACACACAGCCUCUGGGCUCUGUGUGAGAAAGGUUUGUGUCUAUGUGCUUCUGCAGGCUCAAGAAGCCUGUGGUCCUCUGGAGAUAGACUCUGCCCUCAGUGCAGUCCAAACUCUGAGGAGUGAGCUUCAAGAUGCCAGGAUGGCUACGCACGAUGGGCAGCUCAAACCACUUCCUGGGGAAUCGGUCAGUUCAUUGUAGAAUACAUUGAUUUGUUCCAAUCAUGCAAAGCAAAUCUGCAGAUGUGUGAAAAGGCGUGACUUGGUGCUCUUGUGUCGUCCCUACAGCUAGAGAAGUGUGCUCAGGACCUGGGUAGUACCUCCAAGGCUGUUGGCUCCUCCAUGGCUCAGCUGCUGACCUGUGCUGCACAGGGCAAUGAGCACUACACAGGUAGGAAAGCAAACAGAGUGCGCUGAGAAUGAUUGAGUAGUACAAGAGGAAUGUUCACCUAAACUUAUGGCAGACUUCAUUGAGUAGCUGUGUAGAAUGUUUUUGCUCGACUAGACUUAGUUAGAUGUUAUUAUUUGACAUUACAGUUUGCAAAAUGUCACGAUCAGCUACAGGGUCUCAGUAAAGCUCUACUCUACUAAGUGGGGUAAGAGAGGAUAUAAAGUAGGUAGCAGAAUCCCGAACAAUCAUUCACUUUCCCUCCACCAAUAGAUAUCAAAGUGUAAUUCAAUUUUUGAUUUAGUGAUGUUGUUAUCACUAUUGCCUAUGAGCAAGCAAUAAACCCAAUGGGUCCUGCUGCACAGCUUGACAUUUUCUUUAGCCUCCAUUCUAGCUCCAUUUAGUCUCUCAGGAGAAUUGAUAAAGACAGAUUUGAAUAGUGUAUUCUAACAAUGGCUGCUCCCUCCCUCCCAGGCUGUGCUGCUUCACAUUGGGGCACAGGGUGCUACUCUCUCCUCAUUCAUCUUAUUUUUACUAGAUUUAACUUUCCAUCAGCAAUGGGCUCCACUCGGCUGGAUAAUGAAAUUUGAUGCAAUUUGCUGCAUUCCCUCAUCUCAGCUUUGUGUGUAAUAAGUAAAGCCCCAAUCCCACAUGGUGCCUCGUUCUCCUAUCUAUCUAAUUUGUUUUAACAAUAGGGGUGCUUUAGGUUGGGCUCGCUGUGCUAUUCCUACUGUUCAGUUACACAUUACCAACAACUCGUUCUAUUCAUUUUAAGCACUAAAGCUUCACCUCUGAAUGUGUGUAUGUCUUAAUGCAGGACAUAUUUAGUGACGUGAUAAUGAGAUUGAAAUGAAGUAAGAUUCAGCUUGGAGUUUGUCUAAUGAAUAAAUCAUGAUGUAGCUAUCCAGAGUCAGUAGGUUGUUUAACUGCAUCUUAAAGAACAAUGAUGAGGUACAGUGGGACGUUGACACCAGGUUUUCCAUAAUUAUUUCCUGGACUAGCUUUGUUAUUCCAACUCCAAGACUUCCACUCACUCCAACACUGUCUGUCUGUCGCUAUCGUGUGUAGGAGUGGCUGCCAGGGAGACUGCCCAGGCCUUGAGGACGUUGGCCCAGGCAGCCAGAGGUGUCGCGGCCAGCACUAAGGAACCCCAGUCUGCGGCGGCCAUGUUGGAUUCUGCCCAGUACGUCAUGGAGGGCUCUGCCAUGCUCAUCCAUGAGGCCCACCAGGCCCUGGUCUCCCCCGGCGACGCAGAGAGUCAGCAGAGGCUGGCACAGGUGAGGAACUCCUGACAUGCUGACCAGACAGCUCACGUCACGUGCGUUGCAAAAUAAAUGUAUACAUACAUGUUAUUGAAUCAUUGCAUCCAAACUGCUCGCGCGUGUCAACAAGCCAGGCGCUAAAAUAGAACUUGGUUCCAUUUGUGACGCUUGAAGCGCUGUAAGUCCCGCCUCUCCCAUCUCCUCAUUGGUUUUUAGGAGCAUAUACCCACAUGGAUGAUUGAAAGAUGAACUGAGGUCCACACUCCAGUCCAGUAUGUGGUGGUAAUGCACCUUAAAGUUGGUUGCCAACUGCCAUAAAAAGUCCAAAGAAGAAGAAGAAGCCUGAAGGAGGAGACAUUACUAGAAACUAACUCGGUUUACCCUUUUAUCUGUGGAUUAAUUGUCGGAGUAGAGGACCUUGUGUAUUUCAGGUAAAAUAACAACCCAAUGUUUAUAUCCCAGGACAUAUUAGCUAGCAACAGAAAGCUAGCGAGCUAAAUUGUCAUGAAUGUUUAAUGCUUUUCAAGCUGUCCUCAAAUUAAUAUAGAUGGUUCAGAGAUUGUUUUUGAUAUUUCAACCUGCGUGUCCUGAUCGCGUCUGCUAUUGAAAGGACAGAGUCAACAUCAAAUCAAAUUUUAUUUGCCACAUUUGCCGAAUACAACAGGUGUAGACCUUACAGUGAAAUGCUUACAAGCCCUUAACCAACAAAAUAAGUGUUAAGUAAAAAAUAGAUAAGUAAAAAAUACAAAAUAUCAAAUAAUUUGUCGGAGGGCAUAGCGGGAUUUCUUAUAAUUUCUUUAAAGCGGCAACUCUACCCUUUACCUCAGUGCGGAUGUUGCCUGUAAUCCAUGGCUUCUGGUUGGGGUAUGUACGUACGGUCACUGUGGACGACAUCAUCGAUGCACUUAUUGAUGAAGCCAAUGACUGAUGUGGUGUACGCCCUCAAUGCCAUCGGAAGAAUCCUGGAACAUAUUCCAAUCUGUGCUAGCAAAACAGUCCUGUAGCUUAGCAUCUGCGUCAUCUGACCACUUCUUUAUUGACCGAGUCACUCGCGUUUUCUGCUUUCAUUUUUGCUUGUAAGCAGGAAUCAGGAGGAUAGAAUUAUGGUCAGAUUUGCCAAAUGGAGGGUGUGGGAGAGCUUUGUAUGCGUCUCUGUGUGUGGAGUAAAGGUGGUCUAGAGCUUUUUUUCCUCUGGUUGCACAUUUAACACGCUGGUAGAAACGAGGUAGAACAGAUGUAAGUUUCCCUGCAUUAAAGUCCCCGGCCACUAGGAGCGCUGCUUCUGGAUGAGUGUUUUCCUGUUUGCUUAUGGCCUUAUACAGCUCAUUAAGUGCAAUCUUAGUGCCAGCAUCGGUUUGUGGUGGUAAAUAGACAGCUACGAAAAUUUGAGAUGAAAACUCUCUUGCUAAAUAGUGUGGUCUACAGCUUAUCAUGAGAUACUCUACCUAAGGCGAGCAAAACCUUGAGACUUCCUUAGUAUUAGAUUUCGUGCACCAGCUGUUGUUUACAAAUAUACACAGACCGCCACCCCUUGUCUUACUGGAGUCAGCCGUUCUAUCCUGUCGAUGUAGCGUAUAUCCCGCCAGCUGUAUGGUGUCCAUGUCGUCAUUCAGCCACGACUCUGUGAAACAUAAGAUAUUACAGUUUUUAAUGUCCCGUUGGUAGGAUAUCCUUGAUCUUAGGUCGUCCAUUUUGUUUUCCAAUUAUUGUACGUUGGCUAAUAGGACGGGUGGAAGAGGCAGAUUACUAGCUCGCUGUCGGAUCCUUACAAGGCACCCCGACCUACGUCCACGAUAUCUCUGUCUCUUUCUCAUGCGAAUGACGGGGUUUGGGGCCUUGUCGGGUGUCUGUAGAAUAUCCUUUGCUUCCGACUCGUUGAAGAAAAAAUCUUCGUCCAAUACGAGGUGAGUAAUCGCUGUCCUGAUAUCCAGAAGCUCUUUUUGGUCAUAAGAGACGGUGGCAGAAACAUUAUGUACAGAAUAAAUUACAAAUAACGCAACAAAACACACAUAAUAGCACAAUUGGUUAGGGGGCCGUAAAACGGCAGCCAUCUCCUCCGGCGCGAUGGCGCACGCACGCGCCCGGUCUAGUCAGCAUGACAGAUUUCCUGUAUUGACGUCCUACUCAGACAGUAGUUAAUGUUCCAAGCACAGUGUUUUCUGUCAGGCUCUUUCCUCUCCUCUGCAUUCUGGCUGAUAACCGAUUUGUAAACCCUGCUACUUUUCAUAACAAUUAUCUGCUUUAAGGGUUGCUAUUUUCUCUUCUCAGUCUCCUGCUUAGCGAUCCUCUCACAGUUCUGUUAGCUCCAGUAAAACUGCUUAUUUGCAGCGGGGCCCUUUGGGAGAUAAACAUAUUGGUUGGCAUAUGUCUGUGACGGUAGCAUAUAUUAGUGACAUGGAUUGUCGUGCUCCGCUUGCAGGCUGAUUUGCAUUUAAGAUGUUUUUCCUUCUCAGAGCUGUGCUCUGGGACUAUGGAGCGUGGUUAGAAUAUGUAAUGUCAGCCCACUGACUGGCUGAUCUGUGCUGUGUUGCAGGUGGCCAAGGCAGUGUCCCACUCUCUGAAUAACUGUGUGAACUGCCUGCCUGGCCAGAAGGAUGUGGACAUGGCCCUAAGAAGCAUCGGAGAGGCCAGCAAGAAGCUGCUGGUGGACACUGUGAGUCCUGCUGCCAUACCGGCGAGGCUGCAGUUUGGAGUGUUGACGUUUUAUUACGCAUCUGAACAUGAGUGCUUAUAGAGGGUCAAGUCAAUGCUGUCCUCAACCUUAACACACAUUUGGCAUAUAUUACCUCUAGUCAUUAAUCAUCUACACAGACAUUUCACAACUAUCCAGGGAAAAAUGUAACAUAAACAUAACACAAAUACCAUACGGAUUAUGAUGUAACAAAUGAUACCGAUGAAAAUGUACGGACUACUAUACUUGUGUUUUUCCUGUGUCUCUCCAGCUCCCCCCCUGCAGUAAGUCAUUCCAGGACGCUCAGAGUGAGCUGAACCAUACUGCUGCAGAGCUCAACCACUCAGCAGGGGACGUGGUCCAUUCCUCCCGGGGUACCAGCAACCAACUGGCCGUGGCUUCUGGGAAAUUCAGUGAGGACUUUGAUGAGUUCCUGGACGCCGGUGUUGAGAUGGCCGGACACACUCAAGUAGGUAUCAUUAUCUGUAGCAGGUCCCAACAGCCCCAUAUAAAUAUCUGAUUAAUCUCCCUGUGAAAUAGGUGUGGAUAAAUGUUAUGACACCUGAAUAUACUGUUGGUAGACAGGAGCAGUUUAGAUUUAAUAGGAUAAAAUGGAAAUGCCUCUGAGCUAGUCAUGUUGAGUAGCUUCACAUUUUUCUGUCGCUUGAGCACUUAAGCUAUUUUGAUUCAUUUGUUAAUUAGUCCUUUUCAUCUAAUUCACUUAGGCACAUGAUUGUCCCUGAGAGCGCUAACACAGUCAGACGUGAUGAGAUCUUUGAUGAUGUUCUGGUUAUUUUGCUCAUUAAUUUGGAUAGAUUGUGUAGGAGAGCAGUUGAUGUAGCAUGACACACAGGCCUUAAUCAGGCUUAAAUGAAUAGGGGACUGGCUGGCUGAGGUGGGGGACACCAUUCACAUGAUGCCAGUUUCAUAGGCCAUUCCACCAGAUAGACAGUGUGACAGUUGUUGACAAUACGUACAGUUUCAUUUUCCUGGAAAGAUGUGACUUGAAUAACAUGUUGACCACACACACAUAUUCUAUUCUAAGAAACAGCUGAGUUGUCUUGUGACUUUGUCUUUGCAGUCCCAAGAGGACCAAAUCCAAGUGAUUGGCAACCUGAAGAACAUCUCCAUGGCAUCCAGCAAGCUCCUUCUGGCAGCCAAGUCCCUGUCAGUGGAUCCUGGAGCAGCUAACGCCAAGAACCUGUUAGCUGCUGCAGCAAGGUGAGGCCACUCUAUAUGGAGCUGAAUGGCAUAUAAGAAUGUCUCUUAUCACAACCUAGUUGAGUAUAAGGAGGGUCUACAUUAAGCACAAAGUAAGACUGUAAGGAGUGACUAUAUUAAGUCAGUUAGAACAAAAACAUAUUCAUAUACUGUAUAUUCUGACCCAGUUUCCAUUCAAAGCCACAUAAAACAAGUACACUACUAUCAUAGUUUAUAUCCAUGCUAUGAAACAUCUCUGCUUCUCACAGGAUGUUGCUAGGCUGAGAGAUAGACAGAGAUAGUAGGGUAGAAUCCCCCCUGGUGGAGAGAUGGCAGGUAGCUGGCCCCGCUGGGCUUUGGGCCUGACUGACUUCCCUCUCUUUAAUUAGGCAGAUGGAAGCCAUGGCUGGAGCUUGUCUGUGAUCACUAAGCGCAGCCUCCACACUCCUGUACAGUGUUAGAUUGUCACAGGGAGAGAUGGGCGAUGGGCUCUGCCAUGCAUGUGUAAAGUAGAAGUGUAUGCGUGUGUGUGUAUAUAGAGAGAUGUGAGCGCUAAAAAGCCGUGUGCUGCUGCUCUUGUGUUUCAGAGCGGUGACAGAGAGCAUUAAUCAGCUCAUCACACUGUGUACCCAGCAGGCACCGGGCCAGAAGGAGUGUGACAACGCUUUGAGAGAACUGGAGGUAGCCGUUUUACUGUACACUACACAACCCUUUUUAUGUUCAUGCUAGCUAAUAUUCAUGUUUAUUUCAGUCUACACAAAAUAAAGGGUUUUGAUGUAGUAACUUUUUGUCCCCCACGAUGAAAUCAGGGAGGGAACUGUGGAUUUGCCUCCAUCUGUUAGUACAUUUGUAAGUUCAUACAUUAGUCACAUGUGAUAUCUCAGACAGCACUGGCCCGAUGUUGUCAAAACUUGGGGGAAUGAUGCGUCUUGCCAUAGAGAUCCAUCAUUUACAAAAUUACGCAUAUUGGCUCAAGGGGGGGGCUGCGUCAUUCGUGGGGUAUGAGAUAUUUACUGCUGCCUUGUUUUGUGUUGAUUUGAAUCCUGAAAAAGCAAUGGUUUUCCAUUACAAUUCAUUAAUUGGGAUGAUAUUUAACGGCUGAAUGAGAUGCAUGUUGCUGAGGGUUUCUGUAUUGACAUUAUUUCAUGCACAGCAUUGCUCUGUCUCCAUGGGGAAUAAUUACCAAGUCGUUUACUUCCUCUGUGCCUUGAGCCCCUUCAGCCCAUGUCCCCUCCUCUUCACGCUUUCUGAUAUUUAUUAUCGGUCUCUCUCUGUAUCCCUUCUGCUUAACAUUGAAUGACAGUCACCAUUAAUUUCAACCCCUGGAGUACCACUAAUGAUGCUUUCAUGUAACUCACAGAUCUGUGGGUUAUUCUCCUAAAUUAUUAAGUAAUAAAGCUUGGCGACAUGACUUCCCUCUAUAAGUUAAAGAUUAACAUGACUUCAAAACAGACCGAUUAAAAACAGUUGGACUUGUUUUUCAUGUAGCACACAUUUUAAUUCCCCCAAGUUGGCUAUCAGAUUGGUUCAGUAGUUUGUGCUCUCCUUAUUGUUGAGCCCCUCUCCCGCUGCGUACAGGCUGUGAGAGGAUUGCUGGAAAACCCCAGUGAGCCUGUCAGUGAGCUCUCCUACUUUGACUGCAUCGAGAGCGUCAUGGAGAACUCAAAGGUAAAGCCUUACAAAACAAUCACAUGCAUCAUAGACUUUAAAUGUCAGUGAUAUAUAAUGGAAUAGACAGUUGAAGAGGUAAUCUUACAGUUUAUUUCUAUUUCCACAUGUGCAGGUUCUUGGAGAGUCCAUGGCGGGGAUUUCCCAGCACUGUAAGACGGGCAACGUGCCAGCGUUUGGGGAUUGUGUGGGGGUGGCGUCCAAGGCCCUGUGUGGGUUGACGGAGGCGGCUGGACAGGUGAGAUCCCAGGCUAGUACUGACUGACUGGCUGGAGCUUCCAGCCUCCCUCCCACUCCUCCCUGCUAUCAGGUCUGAGUCUGAGUCUGAGUCUGAGUCUGAGUCUGAGUCUGAGUCUGAGUCUGAGUCUGAGUCUGAGUCUGAGUCUGAGUCUGAGUCUGGGUCUGGGUCUGGGUCUGGGUCUGGGUCUGGGUCUGGCACACAACCAACACUCUAUCAGCUCUAGACCUAUAUUCAUGUUUAGUUACAGCACCUACAUGCACCUCUCCCUAAAGCAGAAACGAAGCCAUGAGCAUUCCCCUCUCUCCUUCUCCCCACACUGCAGGCCUCCUACCUGGUGGGUGUGUCCGAUCCAAACAGCCAAUCUGGUCAUGAGGGCUUGGUGGAUCCAAUCCAGUUUGCUAGGGCCAACCAAGCUAUUCAGAUGGCCUGUCAAAACCUGGUGGACCCAGCCAGCAGCCCCUCUCAGGUGAGAAGACCAAUGUAGAGAGACAUUUAUUGACAUAUUGAGUCUAUUAUACGAAUAGUGACUUAAUCAAAUGGAUUAUUACAUUUGAACAUCAACAUCACAUCAAACUUCUUCCCACCAUAUGCCUCUUUAGAGAAAUGUUUAUACUGCUUUGUUUGUCGUUUGGUUGUUUGUUUGUUAGGUUCUGUCUGCAGCAACGAUUGUAGCCAAGCAUACCUCAGCUCUUUGCAAUGCCUGCCGCCUGGCCUCGUCCAAGACAUCCAACCCUGUGGCCAGGAGACACUUUGUUCAGUCAGCCAAAGAGGUUGCCAACACCACAGCCAACCUUGUCAAAACUAUAAAGGUAUGUGUACUCUCUGCCAUGGUCCACUCAUAAAUGGGAUUCUUGUCCUUUGUGCCUUCAGCAAAAGUAGAUUUAUUGAUGUUCUCUGUUUCACUUAAAAUAUUUCCAUCAUUUGUAAUGAAGACAGAUGGCUAUAUUGUGUAGCUGAGUUGGGGUGUUGGCUAAGGAGGUCAUGACCUGUUGUUUUCUUCCAGGCCUUGGAUGGGGACUUCUCAGAGGAGAACAGAAACAGAUGCCGUGUCGCGACAACUCCACUCAUCGAGGCUGUAGAGAAUCUAUCCACAUUUUCCUCCAACCCAGAGUUUGCUAGUAUCCCUGCACAGAUCAGCAAUGAGGUUAUUGUGCGAUAUAUAAGCUCUUCAAUGACAAUGUGUAUUUUCACUAUCUGUAUGAAAAUGUAAAUGCACAUCUUGCUCAGAGUACUAUUUUUUAUCUCCUAAGAGAUUUCUUCAGCCUACAGUGUCACGUUGUUUUAUUUGUCUGGUUCCUCAUACAGUGGGGGAAAAAAGUAUUUAGUCAGCCACCAAUUGUGCAAGUUCUCCCACUUAAAAAGAUGAGAGAGGCCUGUAAUUUUCAUCAUAGGUACACGUCAACUAUGACAGACAAAUUGAGAAAAGAAAAUCCAGAAAAUCACAUUGUAGGAUUUUUUAUGAAUUUAUUUGCAAAUUAUGGUGGAAAAUAAGUAUUUGGUCACCUACAAACAAGCAUGAUUUCUGGCUCUCACAGACCUGUAACUUCUUCUUUAAGAGGCUCCUCUGUCCUCCACUCGUUACCUGUAUUAAUGGCACCUGUUUGAACUUGUUAUCAGUAUAAAAGACACCUGUCCACAACCUCAAACAGUCACACUCCAAACUACACUAUGGCCAAGACCAAAGAGCUGUCAAAGGACACCAGAAACAAAAUUGUAGACCUGCACAAGGCUGGGAAGACUGAAUCUGCAAUAGGUAAGCAGCUUGGUUUGAAGAAAUCAACUGUGGGAGCAAUUAUUAGGAAAUGGAAGACAUACAAGACCACUGAUAAUCUCCCUCGAUCUGGGGCUCCACGCAAGAUCUCACCCCGUGGGGUCAAAAUGAUCACAAGAACGGUGAGCAAAAAUCCCAGAACCACACGGGGGGACCUAGUGAAUGACCUGCAGAGAGCUGGGACCAAAGUAACAAAGCCUACCAUCAGUAACACACUACGCCGCCAGGGACUCAAAUCCUGCAGUGCGAGACGUGUCCCCCCUGCUUAAGCCAGUACAUGUCCAGGCCCGUCUGAAGUUUGCUAGAGUGCAUUUGGAUGAUCCAGAAGAGGAUUGGGAGAAUGUCAUAUGGUCAGAUGAAACCAAAAUAGAACUUUUUGGUAAAAACUCAACUCGUCGUGUUUGGAGGACAAAGAAUGCUGAGUUGCAUCCAAAGAACACCAUACCUAUGUGAAGCAUGGGGGUGGAAACAUCAUGCUUUGGGGCUGUUUUUCUGCAAAGGGACCAGGACGACUGAUCCGUGUAAAGGAAAGAAUGAAUGGGGCCAUGUAUCGUGAGAUUUUGAGUGAAAACCUCCUUCCAUCAGCAAGGGCAUUGAAGAUGAAACGUGGCUGGGUCUUUCAGCAUGACAAUGAUCCCAAACAAACCGCCCGGGCAACGAAGGAGUGGCUUCGUAAGAAGCAUUUCAAGGUCCUGGAGUGGCCUAGCCAGUCUCCAGAUCUCAACCCCAUAGAAAAUCUUUGGAGGGAGUUGAAAGUCCGUGUUGCCCAGCGACAGCCCCAAAACAUCACUGCUCUAGAGGAGAUCUGCAUGGAGGAAUGGGCCAAAAUACCAGCAACAGUGUGUGAAAACCUUGUGAAGACUUACAGAAAACGUUUGACCUGUGUCAUUGCCAACAAAGGGUAUAUAACAAAGUAUUGAGAAACUUUUGUUAUUGACCAAAUACUUAUUUUCCACCAUAAUUUGCAAAUAAAUUCAUUAAAAAUCCUACAAUGUGAUUUUCUGGAUUUUUUUUCUCAUUUUGUCUGUCAUAGUUGACGUGUACCUAUGAUGAAAAUUACAGGCCUCUCUCAUCUUUUUAAGUGGGAGAACUUGCACAAUUGGUGGCUGACUAAAUACUUUUUUUCCCCACUGUAUAUUCUGUAAUAAAAACGAGACGGCAAAGCUACUCCUACAGAUUCCAUGAAUACAUUGGUGACUACGGCAUUCAAUCCCCUUGAAAUAUCCCCUCCGAUAUAGAGCCAGUACAGAGUCGUUUGUGCAGGAAAGCUGGCGGGAUUGGUUUGAUGUACUAUUUCCCUCUAAUUUAUUUAAUGUUGGGAAAUGGCUCAAGGAGAAAUUGGAUGUAUUUUAUGUUACAAUCUAGCAGAAAGAGUCCUCACACAGCCCUAAAAGCUUUGACUGUUAUCUGUUGGAGGGCAGUGUUUAACUGCCCUCUCUCUCAGCACAGCUGCUCUAAUCUUCAGCAUGUUAGUCUAAUUGUCGAGGGAGGCUUUGGCUGCCAUCAUAAAGACUGAAGGUGUGCCUCUGCGUCUCCGUGUAAAGCAGAAUAAUAUGAAUAAUAAGAGAUCAGUGACAGCUGUGUAGUGUGUUGCUAUUGAGCUGUUAGUUAGAGGCUCUUUAACCUGUGUUGUUUUAUCACCUUCACUGUCCUCCCCUCUCUCCCUCUCUCCCAUUUCCAGGGCUCGGCAGCCCAGGAGCCCAUCAUGCGUUCAGCCUGCUCCAUGCUGGACAGCUCCACCCUGCUCCUGGAGACCGCCCGCUCGCUCAUCAUCAACCCCAAAGACCCGCCCACCUGGUCAAUCCUGGCUGGGCACUCCCGCACCGUCUCUGACUCCAUCAAGAGCCUCAUCACCUCCAUCAGGUCAGCACAGACCCCUCUGGUUCUGCACUCUGGUGCUCUGGGUAUUAUCCUGUUAAGGCCUUGCCUGAUAACUCACCCUGAAUAGAAUUCCACUGCUCUAUCGAUCGCUACAUACAUUCAGUCUGAAUCUGCCAUCCUAGAAGUUGUUUGUAUGACUUCAAAAGUGAAGGGCGUUGUACAAAAAAAAAAAAUCAACGAUUGGAUCGUCUUUAAGAAAUCUAUCCAAUCAGAGUAUCAAAGUUGAUAACAAAUCAAAACAGUCAGAAUGUGACAAGGUGUAAAAUACAGAAGUCCAGAGUUUAAUCCGUUUGCAUAAAUCAAAUGUCCCAAGUGUCAAACGAAACUGUACAAGGGAAAACAUCGACCUUGGCAAUAACACAGCUCAACCGAGCUACACGCUCUCACAACAAAACAAUCACUCACAAAGACAAGGGGAACAGAGGGAACACUUAUACACAUACUAAUUAGGGGAAUGAGCACCAGGUGUGUGUGACUGACAAGACAUGACAAGUGGAGUGAUGAGAAUGGGAUCGGCAGUAGCUAGUACUCCGGUGACGACGAACGCCGAAGCCUGCCCGAACAAGGAGGGGGGGCAGCCUCGGCGGAAGUCGUGACACAGAAUGUGUUUGCAUUCUAGAAAUCGUAGGGGAGGGAGGAAAAUCCAGACUCAUGGUGGAGAAAAACGUCAGUUUGGCCAGAGCUAUGGGGAUGGGUAGCCAGGCUGGGUAUGGGGGAGUUCAGCUAUCUCUGAGUAACUGUCAGUUCCACUGAGUGGUGAGUUGUCAAGGUAAUUUAUGGUGGCUGGGUUUCCACCUCCCAUUUAAUAUGAAGAGGAAUGCUCUAGGGCACUGAUAAAGAUGAGUAGGCAGAGUUCCGUGGAGGAUCUGCUGUGCUGCUGGUGCUGCUUUGACCGCUUUCUUAUACUGAGAAAGUCCCUCCUGCUGUUUUGAAUAGAAGUGUCUCCCCUCAUUAUCUCACACCCACAGAGUAACUUGCCCCUUAGCUACAGAACAUUUUGCAUCUGGUCAACCUCUAGAGACCAUGUUUGCAAAAAGUGUACCUAGUAUACAUGAUUUCCCUUCUUUGAGGUCCUGUGAUAAUGCAUUGAAAACCUGCUUGUAGAAGUACUGCCCAUCACUAGCCGGCUACCAACCGGUUACUCAACCCUGCACCUUAGAGGCUGCUGCCCUAUAUACAAAGACAUGGAAUCACUGGCCACUUUAAUAAUGGAACACUAGUCACUUUAAUAAUGUUUACACACUGCUUUACUCAUCUCAUAUGUACAGUACCAGUCAAAAGUUUGGACACACCUACUCAUUCAAAGGUUUUUCUUUAUUUUUACUAUUUUCUACAUUGUAGAAUAGUGAAGACAUCAAAACUAUGAAAUAACACAUAUGGAAUCAUGUAGUAACCAAAAUAUAUUUGAGAUUUGAGAUUCUUCAAAUAGCCACCAUUUGCCUUGAUGACAGCUUUGCACACUCUUGGCAUUCUCUCAACCAGCUUCACCUGGAAUGCUUUUCCAACAGUCUUGAAGGAGUUCCCACAUAUGCUGAGCACUUGUUGGCUGCUUUUCCUUCACUCUGCGCUCCGACUCAUCCCAAACCAUCUCAAUUGGGUUGAGGUCGGGGGAUUGUGGAGGCCAGGUCAUCUGAUGCAGCACUCCAUCACUCUCCUUCUUGGUAAAAUAGCCCUUACACAGCCUGGAGGUGUGUUGGGUCAUUGUCCUGUUGAAAAACGAAUGAUAGUCCCACUAAGCCCAAACCAGAUGGGAUGGUGUAUCACUGCAGAAUGCUGUGGUAGCCAUGCUUGUUAAGUGUGCCUUGAAUUCUAAAUAAAUCACAGACUGGUAACUCUAAUGAACUUAUCCUCUGAAGCAGAGGUAACUCUGGGUCUUCCAUUCCUGUGGCGGUCCUCAGGGGAGCCAGUUUCAUCAUAGCGCUUGAUGGUUUUUGCGACUGCACUUGAAGAAACUUUCAAAGUUCUUGAAAUGUUCUGUAUUGACUGACCUUCAUGUCUUAAAGUAAUGAUGGACUGUCGUUUCUCUUUGCUUAUUUGAGCUGUUCUUGCCAUAAUAUGAACUUGGUCUUUUACCAAAUAGGGCUAUCUUCUGUAUACCCCCCCUACCUUGUCACAACACAACUGAUUGGCUCAAACGCAUUAAGAAGGAAAGAAAUUCCACAAAUUAACUUUUAAGAAGGCACACCUGUUAAUUGAAAUGCAUUCCAGGUGACUACCUCAUGAAGCUGGUUGAGAGAAUGCCAAGAGUGUGUGCAAAGCUGUCAUCAAGGCAAAGGGUGGCUACUUUGAAGAAUCUCAAAUAUAAAAUGUAUUUAGAUUUGUUUAACACUUUUUUGGUUACUACAUGUUUCCUUAUGUGUUAUUUCAUAGUUUUGAUGUCUUCACUAUUAUUCAAAAAAAUUUAAAAAUUAAGAAAAACCCUUGAAUGAGGAGGUGUGUCCAAAUUUUUGACUGGUAGUGUAUAUACUGUAUUCUAUUCUACUGUAUUUUAGGCAAUGCCACUCCAACAUUGCUCGUCCUUAUAUUUAUAUAUUUCUUAAUUCCAUUAUUUUACUUUUUGAUUUGUGUAUUGUUGUGAAUUGUUAGAUGCUACUGCACUGUUGGAGCUAGGAACACAAGCAUUUCGCUACACCCACAAUAACAUCUGCUAAAUAUGUGUAUGUGACCAAUAAAAUGUGAUUCGAUUUGUUCAUAUGUAUCAUGAUACUGUUGGUAGGGACAAAGCGCCAGGGCAGAGGGAGUGUGACUACUCCAUUGAUAACAUCAACAAGUGUAUCCGGGACAUCGAGCAGGCUUCUCUAGCUGCUGUGGGCCAGAGCCUACAGGGAUGUAGGGAUGACAUCUCUUUGGAAGUAAGUUUGAAUUGUCAAAUGAUCACUAUAAUGGCUUUUUCUUCAUUUUCAUUUUCCCCAUCGUAAUUCUUUGCUGCCCCCUUAGGCUUUGCAGGAGCAGCUGACAUCGUCGGUGCAGGAGAUUGGACAUCUCAUCGAUCCCAUCAAUACUGCAGCCAGGGGUGAAGCUGCCCAGCUGGGGCACAAGGUACUAGUCUGGGACCAUUCACCUAUAGGGAGAAAUUCAUGUCUCCUAGAUCUGUGUUUCAUACUGUUACAUGAUACUGUCUCUCCCAGGUGACCCAGCUGGCCAGCUACUUUGAGCCCCUCAUCGUUGCGUCUGUUGGCCUGGCCUCUAAGAUUGUCGACCAGCAGCAGCAGAUGAACAUCCUGGACCAGACCAAGACCCUGUCAGAAUCUGCCCUGCAGAUGCUCUAUGCAGCCAAGGAGGGAGGUGGAAACCCCAAGGUAAUGUUACUGUAUAACACAGUGCACAGAGGCCAUGUUUGAGCAAUGGAGCAGUACGUAAUUAGUAUAGAUUUGUGUGCACCUCAUUCCACAAUCUAUCAUAUUCCUUAUUGUAGUUGCAUAGCCAUGUGUAUUGUUAUGAAGAAGAUUGUUGAGUUUCACAGUGGUCUGGUGUAUUUACUGCGUGUCCAGGCGGCCCACACCCACAACGCCAUAGCGGAGGCUAUCCAGCUAAUGAAGGAGGCUGUGGACGACAUCAUGGUGACGCUGAAUGAGGCGGCCAGCGAGGGUGGCAUGGUGGGAGGCAUGGUGGAGGCUAUUGCUGAGGCCAUGAGCAGGGUGAGUGGGGUUGGUGUCCUGUACAGCAGGGUGUAGUAGUGUGUAUGUGUGUACAUGUGAGUGUACAGUAUAUCACAGGAGGUUGGUGGCACUUUAAUUGGGAAGAAUGGGCUCGUGGUAAUGACUGGAGCGGAAUCAGUGGAAUGGUAGCAAAUACAUCAAACACAUGGUUUCCAGGUGUUUGAUGCCAUUCCAUGUGCUCCGUUCCGGACAUUAUUAUGAGCCAUCACUGGUGUAUGUGCGUGUGUACUGUGGCCCCAAGCAGCUCAGGAGUAGAGCUCUGCUGAGAACACUCAUCUCUUCCUACUGCUUUAAGAUGUCUCCACCACGGUGGGCGGGCAGAAAAACAUCCUCUAACUGACACUCAUUAGUGAGAUGGAUGGGAAGUGUCAGGUCCAGGCCUCAGAGCUGUCAGCUGUCACUCAUCCACUGGCUGUCACCCUCCUUCUCCUGAGAUCUGUCACAGACUUGAUGAUGGAGCUCAUAAUAAUAAAUUAUGCCUGCAUAUUUGAUUGCCUGAAUGCUUCUAUCAGAUGUUGUUCUCUAUAUGUUUCCAACCUAUUGAAUUCGAUUUAUGUUUCUGCAUAGAAAAUAACACAUUGCGCAGCCUUAUGUGGAUAUUUGCAUUCUGCAACAUAUUUAUGCAUAGAGUUCAUUGAAUAAAGAAAAGCUUUAUUCAAAUGUGUGGUAGAUGCUUGGUUGAUAUUCAUAUGUGUAGAUUAUGUACAGUAAGUAGCUAGGUUGAAUAUAUUAAACAAGCCGUGGUUUUCCCUCUGCAGUUGGAUGAGGGCAAUCCCCCUGAACCAGAAGGAUCCUUUGUGGAUUACCAGACCACCAUGGUGAAAUACUCCAAGGCCAUCGCCAUCACAACUCAGGAGAUGGUGAGCACAAACAACUACCCCCUAAAUAUGCAAUGUAUCCUUAUAGAUGUACCUCUUCAUCAUUUCUGAAAUAACUAUAUCACAGUCAUGUUAUGACCUUGUUCUGAUUGUGUCCCCAGAUGACUAAGUCAGUGACGUGUCCAGAGGAGCUGGGUGGCCUGGCCUCUCAGGUGACUGUAGACUACAGCCAGUUAGCCCACCAAGGUCGCCUGGCAGCUGCCACCGCAGAACCAGAUGAGGUGAGAGGUCAAGCGGUGCCUAUGGGUGCACUGUCAAAGCAGGAUACUGUUAAAAUAUGGGAUAAUUUUUCUGUGGUGCCCCUAUAGGCAAGCCCUAUGGGAGAUUCUCAAUUGGUUUGCUCAACUCCUCCAUCCUCCUUCACCUUCCUCCGUCCUCUCCUCACCUCCUUUUGAAAAAGGUAACCGAGGAGAGGAGAAGAAAUGUGGAAACAAAUGUGCUUGUAUGAAAUGAGACUCUCCUUCUUCACUCGAGUGGCAUUGUGCAAAUUACGUUUACAGGGGUGGAAUCUCAAAUUAAAUGUGUAAAGUAGUAAAAAUAAAUGUAGCUAGACAUUUUAUAAAUAAAAGGAUAAGUAGCAUAUUGUUUUUAAAUAUGUGUAUAAGUAAACAACAGCUGAUUGAAAGGGUGUGGCGGAUCUCAAAAAUCUUCCACGAAGGACUCAGGUGAUACUCUUGUACUUCCUCGGCGGGAGGAGGCUAUCGAGGAGACCAGGACACUCCUCUGUUUGCCCUAAAAACCAAUUGACACUCUCCUUGACCCCUCAACCACUUAUCGGUUUCCGGGUCACAGAGGAGAGAGGAUGGAGGAGGAGAGGACAGUCUUUUUCCCAAAUGAGAAUCUCCCUUGUCUUUAUACGGCAACAUAUCAAAAGAGAUUUGAGAUGCAAGAGACUUGCAUAUGCUUAGAAAUUAUGCAGAAAUAUCACACAUAUAUGCAGAUAUGUCACAGGGUGGAUGGCAUUCUUUGAAAUGAUGCAUCUUCCUUGAGGCUGUACUUGAUAGUGUGAGAUCAAACUCUGGAAUAUAUUUCCACCUCUCAAACCUCAUUCUCUCUGUCUCAGCUGCACCCACAUAGUCUGUUUAAUGCUCAUCUCUGAGAGGGAGACCGCUAUCUAUUGUGUGUGAAAACAUAGCCUAAUCACCACACACUCUUAUCAAUUCUCUUUACAUAACUGGAUGCUGGAAACCCUUGUUACCAUAGCGACAUUGUACCCAUCCAAGCCUAAAAGCCUAUAGUGAUGCUGGUAAUGAAGUACCACCCACCCAUUCAUUUCUGUGUCAGGAAAUUAAAGGUGUAGUACCAUCAGUCCCUCUCAGGUGCUGGAAAUCAGUUUUUACCCAGCAGCCUGAUAAGAGGCAGUCAGUCAGUCAGUCAGUCAGUCGAGGACAUGAUGAAACAUUGUCUGCUGUGUGGAAGGAGGCAGGGAGUGGGUGAGAUGGCUCUGUAGUACUGAUGGACUGGCUGUCUGGCUGUGCUUGCAGGUGGGCUUCCAGAUCAAGACACGGGUCCAGGAGCUGGGCCAUGGAUGUAUCUACCUGGUUCAGAAGGCUGGGGCCCUGCAAAUGAGCCCCACUGACAGCUUCUCCAAGAGGGAGCUCAUUGAGUGUGCCCGUGCCGUCACUGAGAAGGUAGGCUGGGAACGGGGCUGAUAUAGUAUAAUUAUUUGCCUGAACCUUGUGGUAAAUUGUGAUAACUUUGAAGUCUUUAGGUUUAAUUUAUUUGCACCAGAGAAAAUAAGUAAUAAACAACAAUACAGAUUUAAAAAAUAACAACAUAAAAACAGUGUGGAGGUGUGGUUGGAAGCCCAAGGGCUUAUAUAAAAACCACACCACAAAAAAACAAUAUACAAUACAUAAGUAAAAAAUAAAUAAAAAGGUUUGCUAAAACAAAUGAACUGAUCAGCAAUCACAAAUAAAACAGUAUAUGUUUUGUUUAAAUGUGUGGAUUUGAGUGCGUGAGAGUUGGGCUAUAUGGAGGAGAUUACUGAGUAGUUUGGUUCAUCAGGCUGACCCCCAGUCUUUGCUUGAAGUUAUUGAGGGAUGAUGAGGUUUGGUAAUGUGAAGAUAAGAAUUCCAGAGUAUGGUACCUCUGUAUCUGGUAGAGAAUUGACUAUGUGAGGUGCGGCAGUGGGGAGGGUGAAGGUUAUCAAAGUAUCUUGUGUUAUAUAGAUGGAUUUCAGAAUUAACCUGGAAGAAUCCAUUGAAGGGUUUAGGUAAACUGUCUGGGAGGGAUGAGUAUUUGUAGAUGCAUAAUUGGCGGAAAUGUACGUCGUAAAUAGACAAUAUAUUGCGUUUCUUAAACAAAGCCAGGUAAUUAGAAGAGGUGGCUAGUCUUGCAAAUGUAUUUUGUAUGAUGAGUAAUUUGUGUAGGUAGGAGGCAUACAGGAUGUACUGGCCCAGACAAUGUACAGUAAAUGAGAUGUGGGUAAAUUAAGCAAUAGUAAAGAGUUAGGAAGCAAGCCUGAUGAACCAAACCGCUAAUCUAAGUCUGCAAUGUUAUAAUCUGAAUGCCAAAAAAUAAAUGUCAGUUGAUUUGUUCUGCACCUUUGCUUUUGUGACUGCAUAUUAACAUUACUAGGCUUCGAGGAUUUCUACUUUAAGUGAAAGAGAGAAUGUUAUUCCCUUGAAUGGCAGUUGCUUACUGUGUUCUGGGUCUGAUGCCGGUAACAGAAUCACUAAGGGGUUUUUGUGAAGAAAGAGUCCAGGUGUGAAUGUUGUUUUGGUGUCAUGGGAAUAGCUGAGAAUCGGCUCUAAGGAUAAUGGAUUUUUAUAAUGGAGCAUUCUCCACUGUGACUGAAAGACCUUAUCCCCCUGAGCCCUGUGGCUGGGGGAAGAACUGUGGGAGUGAGUAAAGCAGACCUACAUUAGCUGUGAAAACACUGUUUUUGCUAUGUGUUGUACACAACUUGUGCUGUACAGUAGCUGUGAAUAUGAAUAUCAAUUCAGUCCUUCAGUUCAUACUCUCAUGAUUACACUUACUGUACAUAGUGAAAUUAGACCAAUUAGUCAUUUCUGUGACCCUAGCACUAGCAGAAGAUAUAGCUGAUUUUCAAUGAGUCUGCAUUAGAAUUUCUCUCCUCACCCACCGUAUGAUUUCAUUCAAGACUAAUUUCAGACAUGAAUAAUUUGUGGCCUCAUGCAUGUGGGGAGCUGGACCUUGAGGUGCCUCAUUUGAAUGCUUGUGAGGGACUGUAGACGUCUGUCUCUGUCUGGAUUAUUAAGGAUAGAGAGCACUGUGUGAUGCAGCGUCCAGAGUCAUUAGUUUAAUGUGUCUGUGCAGCAGUAGGCUCAGGGCUAAUGCACGGUUCCCCCUCUCUCUCCUGCUGCCAGCUCCCUGCUCAGUCCAGCUCUCUCAGAUUGCCUCACAGUCGGCCCUCCCAUUACCUUGAUUCAGAUCUUGAUUUGAAUGCAAAUGGGAAGCUUUAAUCAAAUUACGAUUUCACCAACACAUUAUUUGGUGAUGGUGGAUCAUGAACUGUAAGCCGUGGAUCCUGAGUGGUGGUUGUCAUUCACAGAUAAUAUCAGAUGAUAUGCCACAGCUCCUUUGUUUUCUCUUAACAACAUAAGGUCAAAGGGAAUGAUUAGUUUAUGAUCAUGCUGUGUUUGGAUGUUUAUUGAGAUAGACCCGGAGGUGCUGCUGUUAAUCCACACCACUCUCUCACUUGAGUAUCUUACCUAGUAAUUUUUGGACAAGAGGAACACCUACGUGAGAAUGCUAUUCAUUGACUACAGCUCAGCAUUCAACACCAUAGUGCCCUCAAAGCUCAUCACUAAGCUAAGGAUCCUGGGACUAAACACCUCCCUCUGCAACUGGAUCCUGGACUUCCUGACAGGCCGCCCCCAAGUGGUAAGGGUAGGUAACAACACAUCUGCCACACUGAUCCUCAACACGGGGGCCCCUCAGGGAUGCGUGCUCAGUCCCCUCCUGUACUCCCUGUUCACCCAUGACUGCAUGGCCAGGCACGACUCCAACACCAUCAUUAAGUUUGCCGACGACACAACAGUGGUAGGCCUGAUCACCGACAACGAUGAGACAGCCUAUAGGGAGGAGGUCAGAGACCUGGCCGUGUGGUGCCAGGACAACAACCUCUCCCUCAACGUGACCAAGACAAAGGAGAUGAUUGUGGACUACAGGAAAAAAAAGAGGACUGAGCACGCCCCCAUUCUCAUCGACGGGGCUGUAGUGGAACAGGUUGAGAGCUUCAAGUUCCUUGGUGUCCACAUCACCAACGAACUAUCAUGGUCCAAACACACCAAGACAGUCGUGAAGAGGGCACGACAAAGCCUAUUCCCCCUCAGGAGACUGAAAAGAUUUGGCAUGGGUCCUCAGAUCCUCAAAGAAUUCUACAGCUGCACCAUGGUAUGGCAACUGCUUGGCCUCCGACCGCAAGGCACUACAGAGGGUAGUGCGUACGGCCCAGUACAUCACUGGGGCCAAGCUUCCUGCCAUCCAGGACCUCUAUACCAGGCGGUGUCAGAGGAAAGCCCUCAAAAUUGUCAAAGACUCCAGCCACCCUAGUCAUAGACUGUUCUCUCUGCUACCGCACGGCAAGCGGUACCGGAGUGCCAAGUCUAGGUCCAAAAGACUUCUCAACAGCUUCUACCCCCAAGCCAUAAGACUCCUGAACAGCUAAUCAUGGCUACCCGGACUAUUUGCACUGCCCCACCACCCCAUCCUUUUACGCUGCUGCUACUCUGUUAAUUAUUUAUGCAUAGUCACUUUAACUCUGCCCACAUGUACAUAUUACUUCAACUACCUCAACUAGCCGGUGCCCCCGCACAUUGACUCUGCACCGGUACCCCCCUGUAUAUAUAGCCUCCCUACUGUUAUUUUAUUUUACUUCUGCUCUUUUUUUCUCAACACUUUUUUUUUUGUUGUUUUAUUUUUACUUUUUUGUUAAAAAUAAAUGCACUGUUGGUUAAGGGCUGUAAGUAAGCAUUUCACUGUAAUGUCUGCACCUGUUGUAUUCGGCGCAUGUGGCCAAUAAAAUUUGAUUUGAUUUGAUCAAAUUUUUGCUCUUUUUGUAGCUUUGGCAACUGUGUGUGUUUUCUAUACCUGUUCGCUCGUCUCCCUAUAGGCUUUACAGACGCUCCCCACCCCUUGGCUGCAACACUUCUAAUUUAGUGUACCCUGCACGCACAACCCAUGUGGAAUUUCGGGUCUCUGGCAGCGUUUGGAACUGCCAAUCUGUGGUCAAGAACACCAAGUUAAUCUCAGCCUAUGCUGAGAGAACACUGCUACUCCAGCUGCUCUUUUUUCAUCUGACUACGUUUUCUCUCAUAGUCCGAGAGCAUCUGGUCGUCGCGGUAGUGGCACAGGUCUACUCAUUUCUCCUUAGUGGAGAUUUUCUAUUUUCUCCCUCUCUCACCUGUCCAUCUCCUCAUUUGAAUUCCAUGCUGUCACUGUCACUUGUCCACUCAAGCUUAACAUUAUUGUCAUUUAUCGCCCACCAGGUGCUCUUGGAAAGUUCCUCAAUGAGCUUUACACCUUGAUAAGCUAAUUUCCUGACGAUGGCUCACAGCUCUUCGUACUUGACGACUUCAACCUCCCGACGUCUGCCUUCGAUUAAUUUCUUUCCAACUCUCUCUUUCCACUCCUUGCUUCUUUAUGCCUCACCCUUUCCCAGUCCCCUCCAACUCACAAGGCAGGCAAUACGCUUGACCUCAUCUUUACUAGAGGCUGCUCGCCUACUAAUCUCACUGAAACCCCCCUCCAGGUCUCUGAUCACUACUUUGUUUCCUUUUCUGUCUCCCUUUCCUCCAACCUCAACACUCAGCCCCUACCCAGAUGGUCAUACACCGUCGCAAUAUUCGCUCUCUCCUCUUCUAUCCUAUCAUCUUCUCCUCUUCUAUCCUAUCAUCUUUCCCUUCUGCUAAAUCUAUCUCCCUCCUGUCUCCUGAUUCUGCCUCUGUCGACCCUACUCUCCUCCCUUUCCGCAACCUAUGACUCGCACUGUCCCCUUUACUCCCAGCUGGCUCGGCCCUCCCCUCCUACUCUGUGGCUGACUCAAACUAAAUGCAUGCUCUUCAAUCGAACGCUGCUGGCACCCGCCCACCCGACUAGAAUAACUACUCUCUGCGGGUCUGACCUAGAGUAUGUGGACAACUACAAAUACCUAGGUGUCUGGUUAGACUGUAAACUAUCCUACCACACUCCCAUUAAGCAUCUCCAAUCCAAAGUUAAAUCUAGAAUCGGCUUCCUAUUUCGCAACAAAGCCUCCUUCACUCAUGCUGCCAAACAUGCCCUCGUUAAACUGACUAUCCUACCGAUCCUUGACUUCGGCGAUGUCAUUUACAAAAUAGCCUCCAACACUCUGUAAAUUGGAUGUAGUCUAUCACAGUGCCAUCCGUUUUGUCACCAAAGCCCCAUAUACUACCCACCACUGUGACCUGUACGCUGUUGUUGGCUGGUCCUCACUACAUAUUCGUCGCCAAACCCACUGGCUCCAGGUCAUCUAUAAAUCACUGCUAGGCAAAUCCCCGCCUUAUCUUAGCUCAUUGGUCACCAUAGCAACACCCACCCAUAGUAUACGCUCCAGCAGGUAUAUCUAACUGGUCAUCCACAAAGCCAACACCUCCUUUGGCCGCCAUUCCUUCCAGUUCUCUGCUGCCAAUGACUGGAACGAACUGCAAAAAUCUCUGAAGCUGGAGACUCUUGUCUCCCUCACUAACUUUAAGCAUCAGUUGUCAGAGCACCUUACCGACCACUGCACCUGUACACAGCCCAUCUGAAAUUAGCCCACCCAACUACCUCAUCCCCAUAUUGUUAUUUAUUUUGCUAAUUUGCACCCCAGUAUCUCUAUUUGCACAUCAUCUCUUGCACAUCUAUCAUUCCAGUGUUAAUACUAAAUUGUAAUUAUUUUGCACUAUGGCCUAUUUAUUGCCUUACCUCCAUAACUUGCUACAUUUGCACACACUGUAUAUAUAUUUUCUGUUGUAUUUUAGACUUUAUGUUUUGUUUACCCCAUAUGUAACUCUGUGUUGUUGUUUUUUAUCGCACUGCUUUAUCUUGGCCAGGUCACAGUUGUAAAUGAGAACUUGUUCUCAACUGGCUUACCUGGUUAAAUAAAGGUGAAAAAAAAAAAUGGUGAGCUUACUGAACAGGGCUGCGGGCAGCUGAGCGAAAAUUGAGGAAAACUAAACUUCCAGAGGACCUAUCAUCCUUUCACACCCUCCUCUCUACAUUCUCUUCCUCUGUAUCCACUGCUAAAGCCACUCUCUACCACUCUAAAUUUCAAGCUUCUUCCUCUAACCCUAGAAAACUAUUUUCCACCUUCUCCUCCCUCCUUAAUCCUCCACCCCUCCCCCUCCCUCCUCCCUCUGCGGACAACUUUGUCAACCACUUUGAAAAGAAGGUUGAGGACAUCCGCUCCUCAUUCACUCAGCCUAUUGAGUCCACUGGUCUCACUCACACAGAACUACCCUACGUCUUGACCUCUUUCUCCCGUCUCUCUCCAGAUGACAUCCUGCGACUAGUGAGGUCUGGCCGCCCGACAACCUGCCCGCUCGACCCCAUCCCCUCCUCCCUUCUCCAGACCAUCUCUGUGGACCUUCUCCCAUUCCUUACUUCCCUCAUCAACUUAUCCCUGACCACUGGCUGUGUCCCCUCUGACUUCAAAAUAGCCCAAGUCACUCCCCUCCUCAAGAAACCAACACCCGACUCAUCGACAUAAAAAACUAUAGACCUGUAUCCCUUCUUUCUUUUCUUUCCAAAACACUUGAGCGUGCUGUCUCUGAUCAACUUUCUCGUUAUCGCUCACCCUAACCAAUUAGGUUUCAAGACGGGUCACUCAACCGAGACUGCUCUUCUCUGUGUCACGGAGGCUCUCCACACUGCCAAAGCUGACUCUCUCUCCUCUGUUCUCAUCCUCCUAGAUCUAUCCACUGCCUUCGACACCGUGAAUCAUCAGAUCCUCCUCUCCACCCUCUCAGUGCAUCUCAGGCUCUGCACACUCUUGGAUUGUAUCUUACCUGGCAGGCCGCUCCUACCAGGUGACGUGGAGAGGAUCUGUGUCUACACCACAUAAUCUCAUUACUGGUGUUCCCCAGGGCUCGGUUCUAGGCCCUCUCCUCUUCUCUCUAUACACCAAGUCACUGGGCUCCAUCAUAUCCUCACAUGGUCUCUCCUAUCAUUGCUAUGCGGAUGACACUCAACUACUUUUCUCCUUCCCCCCCUUCUGACACCCAGGUAGUGACAUGCAUCUCUGCGUGCCUGGCAGAUUUCUCAACUUGGAUGUCGGCCAACCGCCUCAAGCUCAACCUCGACAAGACGGAGCUGCUCUUCCUCCCAGGGAAGGCCUUCCCACUCAAAGACCUCUCCAUCACAGUUGACAACUUCACAGUGUCACCCUCCCAGAGUGCAAAGAACCUUGGCGUGACCCUGGACAACACCCUGUCGUUCUCUGCAAACAUCAAGCUUCUGCAGGUUCAUGCUCUACAACAUCCGUAGCGUACAACCCUACCUCACACAAGUCCUAAUCCAGGCGCUUGUCAUCUCCCGUCUGGACUACUGCAACUGGACUACUGCAACUCGCUGUUGGCUGGGCUCCGCGCUUGUGCCAUCAAACCCCUGCAACUUAUCCAGAACGCUGCAGCCCGCCUGGUUUUCAACCUUCCCAAGUUCUCUCAUGUCACCCCGCUCCUCCGAACACUCCACUGGCUUCCAGUCGAAUCUCUCAUCCACCACAAGACCAUGGUGCUUACCUACGGAACAGCAAGAGGAACUGCCCAUCCCUACUUUCAGGCUAUGCUCAAACCCUACACUCCAACCCGAGCACUCCUUUCUGCCACCUCAGGUCCCCUACGGGAGGGCAGCUCCCGCUCAGCCCAGUCCAAGCUCUUCUCUGUGCUAGCAUCCCAAUGAUGGAACCAGCUUCCCCCUGAAGCUUGGCCCUCCCACCCCUAUGGGAGGACAGCAGAGUCCCUUCCCAUCUUCCAAAAACUUCUCAAACCCUACCUCUUCAAACAGUAUCUUAAAUAAUCCUCCUCACCUAGAUUUUAACACCCCCCCUCUCCCCCAAACCCUCCCCUCCCUUUCUCGCUCUGACUCUACUGAUAGCUAAACAUUUACUUUCUAUGCCUGUGAUAUGUGGUUGUCCCACCUAGCUGUCUUAAGAUGGAUGCACUAACUGUAAGUCGCUCUAGGUAAGAGUGUCUGCUAAAUUACUAAAAUGUAAUCAUGUGUUGUAUGUUGCGUCCCCUGUCUGUCUGCUGUCCAUGCAGGUUUCCAUGGUGCUGUCUGCACUGCAGGCAGGUAACAAAGGUACUCAGGCCUGCAUCACAGCAGCCAGUGCUGUCUCAGGCAUCAUCGCUGACCUCGACACCACCAUCAUGUUCGCCUCGGCUGGAACACUCAACCCCGAGAAAGAAGAGACCUUCGCUGACCACAGGUGAGACUAGAGCAGGUCACAGUAAUGAGGUGAACACUAAUCUGUUGAGGAGAUUACCUUGGGCCAAACUCAUUAUGUCCACAGAAACCACAAGUCAAGUAGUGGUCAAUGAAGCAAUAGAAUAGAAUGCAUGGACUUUGACCUCAUACAAUAUGUCUUUCUUUUAAGGAAAGGGACUGUCUCUUCCCAUGAACUGCAACUGUAUGACUAUAGAGUGUUCAAUUCAAUAAAUCUUUAUUUAUCCCAAUGGGUAUUUGACAAGAUGUUGUGUGGUGUCCCUCAGGGAGAGCAUUCUGAAGACAGCCAAGGCUCUAGUGGAGGACACUAAGCUGCUGGUGUCUGGGGCAGCGUCCAGUCAGGACAGACUGGCCCAGGCUGCCCAGUCCUCAGCCAAGACCAUCACCAUGCUCACUGACGUGGUCAAACUGGGAGCCACCAGCAUGGGCUCUGACGACCCAGAGACUCAGGUAAUACACUGACCACACCAUGUUGGAUAGAAAUGACAACACAUAAAUGUAACGCUACAACAAUCUUUCAUUCUAAAUUCAAAAACUACUUUUUUCCCCCUGAUAAAUCUGUCCUAUUUCUAUAUGUCCACAUAUUUAUAUUACACACCUCUAAAUAGUCCAAUAGUGAUUUAACAUGUAUGCCCAUGUAUUCUAUAAAGGUCACCCUGAUAGACCUGUACUGUUCUGUUAGUCUUUUGUCAUUCUGUCUAGCCAUUCCGUAAUCAGGCCUUUUGACACAUACUUUUCCUCCCUGUGUAUCUCUCCCCUCCACACUAUCAGAAGCAUAGCUCCAGGUAGAAGUGAUAAGGCCAGGCUCUGUUAAAAUCUUUACCUCAGGUAGGCAUGAUAAACCUGUACUCUGUCCAUUGUAUUGUAUUAAUGUGGUCUCUUUCCUUCUUCUCCCUCCCUCCCCUAAGGUGGUCCUCAUAAAUGCGGUGAGAGACGUGGCCAAGGCUCUAGCUGAGCUCAUCGGCGCCACCAAGUGUGCUUCAGGCAAGCCAGCUGACGACCCGUCCAUGUAUCAGCUGAAGAGUGCUGCCAAGGUACUGUAAGACAAACACUGCUCUAACAUAGAGAAUACCACACAGAAUGUUACACACUUUGGAGUGUCUAUUUGUCUAUUCAGCCGCCCUUGUUUUACAGAAAUGAAGCAGAUCAUAUCUAUACAAGAUGCUGUCUCUGUGUCAUGGCAGUAUUUUCUCCAAGAAACACAUAUGGUCCUGUUUCCAGAAGGAUAUGACAGUUCCCUUAUCAUUGUGUGUGUGUGUGUGUGUGUGUGUGUGUGCGUGCGCACCCUUGAACGUGCGUGCCACUGUAGCAGUGUCACUGAGAUGGGUAUCAGGGUGUGUGUGACUCAUGCUUGUCACAGGGGGUGUGAACUCUGAGCAAUCUGUGAUCACCACUGUGACUAGAGGACUAGAGAGGCUCCUUAUCUCCCACACUCUGUGGAGAGAGAGACACUGACUGGGGCUUUUACUGAAGCCCCGCCUGCCGUGUCCUUUCUACUCAGAAUAUCCAAGGAAAACAAGUUUUUGGGGGUUUUUGCUUCAAGGUUUUUUCCUCCUGGUCUGAAAUGUGUAUAGUAUUGUCCUUCUUUACUGUUGCCAUUCUAUCUGGGCUGUGUCUACUGAGACCCCAUUCUGGUCUCUGGUGCUAGUGGGAGACAAUUCCACCUGCUGGCCUGACUCUCUGUGUUCAGUGAGUGUCACAUUUCUCUCUCUCUUUAUCUCUGACAGGUGAUGGUUACCAACGUGACGUCCCUGCUGAAGACUGUGAAGGCAGUGGAGGAUGAGGCUACUCGCGGGACGAGGGCACUGGAGGCCACCAUUGAGUGCAUCAAACAGGAGUUGACAGUAAGACGCCCUGAAAGUCUCCCCUCGCCACUCUGUACUAGUGGGAUAUCAUAGAGGAGACACAGGCUGCCAGGCUGGUUAAAGAAAGGGAGGUGUGGCGGUGUACCUAAGUGUUUUUUACUCAACCUUAAACUCUCUGAUAUCUAGUCCACCUUUGCCUCCUCUCCUCCUUUCCACUCCUCCCCAAAGCCCUGCAGUCUUCUCAUUGCUCUGAUCAGGGAUUGUGUAGCAGACACAGGGGGAAAGAGAGCAUGAAAUGUUCAUCAGCUUUUUUUUCUAGUGAUUUACUGCUAAUCCUUAUCAGUGCACCCUCAGGACCACAACAGGCGUUACCUAGGCUGCAGCGGCAAAAUCCAAAUCAAACACAGCUCACUUAGCUCACAAUUACAGUGGCAUCAAUAAUACUAGGACAUUUGUCCACCUCACUUGUUUACUCUAACAGUGGUCAUGACCCCGGGCUGACUGUUGACAGUUCUAGACUAACAAUGAUAAAGGCCAGGAGUAUUUUCUGGUCAGGUCAUAUGGUCAGAAACAACUCCUGUCCUUAGUAAUGAUGAACCAACCUGUGAAUGAAAGUAGAUCACCCUCAGUGGCUGUCAGUGCAGUCACAGUGACUCAUGCUGUGUGUGCACAGGUGUUCCAGUCCAAGGACGUCCCCGAGAAGUCGACCACACCAGAAGAGUUCAUCCGCAUGACAAAGGGCAUCACCACGGCAACGGCCAAGGCUGUGGCAGCAGGAAACUCUGCCCAGCAGGAGCACGUCAUCGCCACGGCCAACCUGAGCCGCAAAGCCAUCUCUGAUAUGCUGACCACCUGCAAGGUGAUAAUCCACCCCAGCUCUGCCAACUCAGGCCUCACAUCCUCUCACUGACACCACAUCACUCCCAUAUUGCCGCUUUGCCAGGAAAAAAACAUGAAAGCAGGGCAGCAGGGGCUAGUUCAUAUGGCUGGUGUGACUCACACUGUUCAAUAUCACUCAGUCUGGAACGUUAGUCAUGAUGUCCUUCAGGCACAUCACAAAAGUGGACAGUAAGUGAACAGACCAGGGAAAAAGGAGAAAAAGGCUGAUGGCGAGCUUAACAAAAUGACUUUCGCUGCCCCACAUAUCAAUGAUGUAGCAAUGCAGUAGCGAUAUUAAGGCUGUAGUUCUAUAAAGGAGAGCCUAGUGGUCUUCAGCAUACCUUUUAGACACCUUUUAUAUAUUACUUUGCCUUGAUAGUCAAUAUCAUUAGGCAGAGAACCUUAUUUUCUGCAAAUAAUAUAUAAACGUCCAGUCUCUUGUAUGUUUUGAAAAUGUUGUUGUUGUCUCGCUUCCCUCUAGCAAGCGGCCUGUCAUCCAGAGGUGAGUGAGGAGGUGAGGAAUAAGGCCCUGCACUACGGGUCAGAGUGCACCACUGGAUACAUCGACCUGCUGGAGCAAGUACUGCUGGUGAGAUGGAGAAUACAAUACAUCACACAGACAACACCUAACCUCUGUUCGCUUGGCCUGAUAACAUGUGGCUCCAUGAUUGUUGUGUGUGUGUGUGUGUGUGUGUGUGGGUGCGCGUGUGUGUCCAGGUGCUCCAGAAGCCCACAGCGGACCAGAGGCAGCAGCUGGCGGUACACUCCAAGUGCGUGGCGGGGUGUGUGACAGAGCUCAUCCAGACUGCUGAGGCCAUGAAGGGUGAGGCUGCCACACACACAUUCACCUAGAGAAGCAUAGUUAGACCAGACUACAGCAUAUUGCAGAGACCCAGUAAUCCAUUCUGACAAUUUAUUCAAACAGUAGCACACAAUGUAAAUGAGUUUAGAGAUGUUUUCUUCUCAGGGCCUAUAAUGGCCUUGUGUGAGUAGAAUAUUCACAAUAAUUAAAAUACCAAAACCACCCCAUUUAUCCACAGGUUAUGUAGACAGAUAAUAUAGAACAUGUGCUGUAGAGUGGGCCUAACAUCCUGAGUCAUUGCAAUGUAAAUUGUCAACAUAUUAGAUCAGUAGGUUGGAAUGUAUGUAUACCAGGAAUGUAUCCUCCAGAAGCCCUGCUGCCUGCCUUCCAUAUCUCUGACAGGACUAAUAUAUUGUGUUUGGGUGAGAAUUGGAUCCCAGUGUACAGCCAACAACCCACUGGGGCUAUCCAUUUCAAAUCUGUAAUGCCUCUUGUUUUCCUUCUCUCUUUCCUGCCUCAGAUGGAGGUAAGUGAGAGAUGGGGCUGUUUGGUUCCUGCUGAUCACUGUUCACACAGGCACAUAGGGGAGGUAGAAGAGUGGGGGAGGGGGAUGGGGGGAGAGGGGAGAGGUACUGAACAGAUUUCCCCAGGGUUAAACAUAAUCUGGAAAAACAUAAUUCCAUCUGCUUUUCCAAGUUGUUCCCAAAUAGUCCUGUUUUAUGGCCACUUUAAAACCUAUAAAGAGUGACAAUGAUCCAUUGAAAGUACACUUCUUCAAACUCUUAUUCAACCUUAUUUAACUUUGAGGCAUUAGAAUCACUAUCAAUCAAUCAAAUGUAUUUAUAAAGCGCUUUUUACAUCAGCAGUUGUCACAAAGUGCUUAUACAGAAACCCAGCUUAAAACCCCAAAGAGCACGGAAAAACUCCCUAGAAAUGCAGAAACCUAGGAAGAAACCUAGAGAGGAACAAGGCUCUGAGGGGUGGCCAGUCUUCUUCUGGCUGUGCCGGGUGGAGAUUAUAAGAGUACAUGGCCAUUAAGGCCAUAUCAUUCUUCAAGAUGUUCAAACAUUCAUAGAUGACCAGCAGGGUCAAAUAAUAACCACAGUGGUUAUAGAGGGUGCAACAGGUCAGCACCUCAGGAGUAAAUAUCAGUUGGCUUUUCAUGGCCGAGAAUUCAGGGGUCGAGACAGUAGGUUCAGUAAGACUGACCCUAGCCCCCCGGCACAUACCUAGACUAUUGCAGCAUAGAUACUGGAGACUAAGACGGGAGGGGUCGGGGGACACUGUGGCCCUGUCUACAGACAGAACUCGGCAGAGUGAAAAACUUGCAUGGUAGAUCUGCUUGGCGUUGUAUGUUCAGAGGUAUAAUGCUUGUUAUCAUUGCAUGUGUGGAGUUGUGCUUGUGUGUUCUAAAUUGGUGGGUUGUAUUAUGUGUGGUGGCAUUUGUAUAGAAAGGGCUUAAGUGAAGUGGCUUUGUCUGAACUGGUGAUCUGCCUUGGUGGUGUAUGCUUUGGUUAUUUUUGUGUCUGUGUUAAGAGUUGUAGGAUUUGUAUAAUGUGUUGUGAUUAUGAUCUCUCGUGGUGUGGUUUAGGGUUAGAAUGGGUGGACCCUGAGGACCCAACUGUCAUCGCUGAGACUGAGCUGCUGGGAGCGGCAGCCUCCAUCGAAGCUGCAGCCAAGAAACUGGAGCAGCUGAAACCCAGAGCCAAGCCCAAGGUAGGCCUACCAGUCCCCUUCUCAACCACCUCCAACACCUCCCUCCACACCUCCCUCCAACACCUCCCAGACCUCCACCACAGAACACACCUGUCUACUAACCUAUCUACUCACUCAUCAGGAAGGCUACAAAAGUUCACAUUGUCUUUGAAGUACGGUAAUCUGUUAGUCUCAGAGCUGCUUUUAGAGGUUGUGAUAUGUUGGGAGGGAAUAUAAAUAUUGUGUGAACUGUAGCCUACCUCUAAAACUAAGCUGACUCAAGACAGCCUACUUGUGUGUUCUGUGAGCUCGUAGAAUGUUGAUGUAUUUACAUCUGUUGGAAGGUUUUGUCUGGGGAGAAAUCUAGUGUUUUUAGAGAGAAUCUGUAGAGCCGUGUUGCCAGGAGACUCAAUUGCAUUACUGGGACCUGAAGCUUAGGUUGGAAUGAGUUCACAUUUGUGAUGAUCUGUCUGAAGCCUAUUGAAGGAAAGGUCCUCCUCCUUGUUGAACCUAUUUCAUUUGUUUUAUUACAGCAUUAUUUUGUUUUUACACAAAAAUGAGAGGGGCCUUUCUCAGCCCAAGGUAUUCAUCCACUUCAUGGAGUGAUAUUGCACAAACCAACGUAACUUCUCUGAAAGAAACAACUGUCUGUAAGAAAACUAUGAACAUCUUUGUGAGCUUUGUCUGAAAUUGAAGUACAAACGUUACACAGCUAGUAUGUAAGGUUUGAGCUGUAUAGAUCUGUGUGUGUGCAUAUGUGCAUGAGGGUGUGUGUAUACCGUACCAGUGUACAGGUACGUGUGUAGAUUGGACCUCAGAUCCUCCCAAUACUCUUCCUUCUCUCCCUGUAGUGCUGUGUGGUCUACUUGUUUUGUGCCUUUGGUUGAUCAGAUCUGGUCCCUCUCUCCAGCUCUCUGGUGCACAACUGAACCUGGCUGGAGAACCUCCUGUUUUCAUUAGAAACUUCCUGAUGGCCCUCCGGUUCAGAUUUCAGCAGGGCCCAGUGUUUAUAAGAUGGAGGUGAAGGGUGGUUGGCGUCUUUAGGAUGUCAGUAUCUUGCUGCCCUCUAGUGAUCUGUUAAACAUAGUGCAUGCUUUCUGCUUCCACAAGGCAGAGAGGCAGGGCAGAGAUUUUGAGAUCUUUUUUUCUAUCAUGAAACAAUCAUUCUUACCAGCUACAGUAUACUAUGUUUACCACUAUAUCAAGCAAGGUGUAGAUUUACUUAGACCUCCAAAUAUCAAGCCCACAGUACAGCGUGUGAAAGGGACACUGUGUAAAACAUCUAAAUGAUGAGGUACUGUCUGACUGGUUAUCUACAACCCCUGCUGUUCACCUUCUGCUCCCUCCUUCCAUCCUUCCCUCUCUGUGCCCCUUCUCCCCUCCCCAGCAUGCUUCACUCUCCCUCCAUUCUCUUGAGUUGUAGACCUGGAAGCCUUCUCUGCAGGCCUCUGUCUGAUAUGUUUGAUAUAUUAGGUUGUUAUUCAGUCCAACUAUAUAUCAAACAUAUUCCUACAGUGUCCCGCCCUGUCUCCAGCCACGUGUGCCUUGUGUGUUGAUGAUGCUGGCAUGAUCUAUGGUCACUGACUGGUGUAGUCUACUGAGACAGGAAUGACAUUAUUUGUAAUUCCCAAGUAAUUCAUUAUCCUUUUAGAAUGGGUGCUUCUCUACUGUAUGAAUCUUGCAAAGUGUUUGGUUUGGAUUUUCCAACAGCAAACAGUAUUUGAAGAUCUGUUGGAAGGAUUCCCCAUUAUGAAAUGUGUUGGUGGAUGUGAUUGGCCAGUUACUCAACAUAGCACCAUAAAACAACCAAUGGAGUUUGUUGUUUUGUCUUAUUGCCACAAGAUGUCCCCCUAAGUGCAUUUCCAUGGUUAAAUGUGUGGUUUUGCCAUAGUGAUAGAUAGAGGCCUCAUCUUUGUAUCUGGGCCAUUAUAGCGUCUGUGACAGCAUGGGCAUCUUCAUUUUGAAGUAGUCCAUUUUCUUCUUCACUAUUGGCUGAUCGCUCCUGAUGACUUGGUCUGGCCCAGACCUAGUUCACUGAUUUUAAUUUGGUAUUGUGAUCAGGGUCACCAGGAGGGAUCAGCCAAUGAAGUUGGUAGUCCCACCUAGUUGACUACAUUAAAAUGGUGGAAGCCCUCAAGGGCGCUGCCCAUGCUAAUACAGCCUUUUGGCCACUAGAGGCCUCUAUCAUUCUCUAUGGGUUUUGCUUUCAGCAAGCAGAUGAGACACUGGACUUUGAGGAGCAGAUCCUGGAGGCAGCUAAAUCCAUCGCUGCAGCCACCAGUGCCCUGGUGAAGUCUGCUUCUGCAGCCCAGAGAGAGCUGGUGGCACAGGGCAAGGUCAGUUACAACUGUUUUAGAAUCAUCAGUGUCUGAAUGUAACCUCAGCAAUAAACUAAAUAUGUAUGUGAAAUGUUACACAGUACUGUAUCUUUCUCACUCUACUCUCCAGGUGGGAUCCAUUCUUGCCAAUGCUGUGGAUGAUGGCCAGUGGUCUCAGGGUCUCAUAUCUGCUGUGAGUUCCCAUCAUUGUUUCUUUUUAUAUGUAGUAUUAUGACAGAACUUUACUGUGAAACUGUGCAUGGUGAAUCAGCCUCAUAUCUACUGAGUUGUGUCUGUCUGAGGCCGUACCCUGAUGUAUGGUUGCUGUUCCCUAUAGGCGCGGAUGGUGGCGGCAGCGACCAGUAACCUGUGUGAGGCGGCCAAUGCCUCUGUGCAGGGCCACGCCAGUGAGGAGAAGCUCAUCUCCUCAGCCAAGCAGGUGGCAGCCUCCACAGCUCAGCUCCUAGUGGCCUGUAAGGUCAAAGCUCAACCGGACUCCGAGGCCAUGAGGAGACUGCAGGUAUAACCCUGUCUCUCUGACUUCACCUCUACACACUAUGAUGGCAUUAACCAAGGGCUUUGUCUCCCUAAGGCUGCUGGGAACGCGGUCAAGCGGGCAUCAGACAACCUGGUGAAGGCGGCUCAGAAAGCUGCCUUUGACAAAGCUGAUGACAACAGUGUGGUGGUCAAGACCAAGUUCGUGGGUGGCAUUGCUCAGGUGAGACUUUAGAGUUUAGAUUCUAUAUGUUACUUUGUUCAUUUUCCACCUCUACCUCCUCAACUGUUCCCAGCUUUAAUGUUGCUUUCACAUGCAAACAUUUCCUCUCUAACUAAAUGGUUCUGAAAUUGAGUUGGGCCACUACAGUAUGACUGAAUCAUACAUCAGCUGCAUUUCAAAUCUGUGGUUUAGCAGGCAUCCACAGCUGCCUCAAGAUCAAGUCACAAAGAGUUAUUCUGCCCCAGCAGACUACUUAUCCACUCCCUUUUAAUCCAUGGCUAAAUGUAGAGUAAUUGAAGAGUGGAUGUCUACCCCAUAGCCUGUGGUGUGUGCGUGUGCGUGUGUGUGUGUGUGUAACACUGAAAGUCUCCGAGCCAGCACCCCUCUGGAGAAAGCAGGUCUCUCUCAAGUGGGCCAGUCAACACCCACCCACUGCCAUCUCCCAAAUCCAUAAGAGCUAUUUGCUUAAGAAAAUAAAUAGAUACUUACUGCAUACUUACAUUUAAGACAUUUCACUAGUUACCACAGAAGAGUUAUGUUAAUUGUAGGUUUUCCAUAACCCGCUUUAAAGAAACCUACUGAGAAAUCUGGGAAAUGAGUAUGAGCUGUAUUCUAAAUGUUUUGAAGAAAGUAUUAUUUCCUUUGUAUUUGUAGAACUCAUAUCAAUCAAGUCCAUGUACACUAAAGGGACUGGAGGAAAUUAUUUGAUAUUAUAAUCUGUUGGGUUGGAGAGUUACAGGACAGAUUUAAGAUGAGCAGACUGAAGCAUGUAUUUAACCAUUUCCUCCUCUCCUCAGAUCAUUGCAGCCCAGGAGGAGAUGCUGAGAAAAGAGAGAGAGCUGGAGGAGGCCAGGAAGAAGCUAGCUCAGAUCAGACAGCAGCAGUACAAGUUCCUGCCCACUGAGCUGAGGGAGGAUGAGAGC